AUGGUGAGUUCAUUUGUUGUAUGUCUUGAUGUAAGAGGGACAGAAUACAUAGACACAUGUUGAUUUUACUACUCUGCUUUGAACCAUUCUAAGUAAAAUAUGCCAGUAAGAUUAAUAAUUACCAGUUACUCACUCUCAGGAUUAUUAACUAAAUUGUGAAUUGCCAGGAAUGCUACGUGAAUCACAAAUUUAAAGCCAGAAUUCCUAAACUUACACCAAUUCCUUCAUAUUUCAAUGUGCCUUUUUGACCUGAGUUUUCUACUUUGAAUUUCUGUUUGCCACAUUUAACUAUUUAUUUAUCAAGUAAUAUUAAACACUGCGUGUUGUGCUGUUUAAUGUAGUGUCUUACUAUCUAUUAUUUAUUUAUUUAUUUAUUUACUCUGACAAUCCUUUUUUACUCCUUUAAAAAAAAAAAAUAAUUUAAUGGAAUAUUUCAAAGUAUUACCACAUUAAUUUUUUUUUUUACUGAAAUUCUCUUUUUUUUUAUAUUACACAAAUCCUGUGACAUUGGUUAAAGUUAUAUUUAGAUGUAAUUGCAAUAUUUUUAUUUUUAUUUUUUUUCACUUAAUGGCAGUUAUAAGUAAAUAGGGUUACCAUAGCCCCCAUGUUUUUCUUGUUAUAUGUGUAGAUAUGCAGCAUGUAAAAAGUGCUGCCCUGUAGAAUGCAAAAUAUUAAUAUUGCAGGCAGAAAUAAAAAAACAUGAUUCAAUAGGAAAUCCGGAAGCGUAUCAUGUCUACAUAACUACAAGAAGGACAUUAUUAGCUCUGCCCAUCAUCAUGACAAAUUGAUGUUUAUCCAGGAAAAUGUAUUGGAUCUGUAAAGCCUAGCUCUAAGUGAAUAUAAGUAUGUGUUCUUGUAUUAUAAUUGCUUAGGAAUAUUCUUAGAACUCUAUUAUAGAAUAAACCAUGUAUUUAAGCAAUGAGGUAUGAUGUCUAAAGACGGUAUACAUAUAGUACAUCAUAAGGAAUUAUACUCUCCAAUUUUCCACUAUUGUCUGAAUUACAUCAUUUCACUCAUUGGGAACCUUAUAAAAAACAUUAAUAUGGGAAUAGCCCCUGAAUAAUAAGGUUUUCCCCUUAUUGUAAAUGUGCCAAAAUUACCUAUAUAUUUAUUAACAUAUACAAUCUUGCAUUACCAUUGGAACAAAAAAACUAAUGUGCGGGACAAAAUAAAUAUUUUAUGAUCACUAUAGUUUCUUUUUAAUUUCAUAGGACCAUUAUGACAGUGAUAUGGUAUGAUAUUGGUAUGGGAUUAUAAUCAGUUCACUAACAAUAUUUUCUAUUUUACACAAAGAGUCCUCAAUACUACCUCGGAGCAUUACUGCUGAUGUGUGGUGCACUCGCUUAUCUUCAGGUAAAUGACUGAAUCAGUUAAUAUUAACAUAUAAUAUUUGUGUCUCUGUAUGUAUUCUAGUGUAGUAUUAAAAGGACACUAUAGUCAUCAAUACAACUUUAACUUUAUGAAGCAGUUUUGGUGUAUAGAUCAUGCCUCUGAAGUCUUAUUGCUCAAUUUUCUGCCACUUAGGAGUUAAAACAAUUUUGUUUCUGUUUAUGCUGCCCUAGCUACACCUCUCCUGACCUCGACUGACACAUCGUGCAUGAAAAAAAGUUAAAUUUUUGAUCAGAUGUUCACUUUUUAUCUCUUGCUCUGGGAAUUGAACUUUAAUCACGUACAGAAGGCUUCUGAAAGAUCUAGCAAGCUAUUAACAGUGCAGAAGAUAAGAAAUUUCAAAUUAAACAGAAUUUGUAACAAUGGAACUGUAAACAUUAGAUCACCUUUUACAGGAAGUGUUUAGGAGGGCAGUGUAAGUCACAUGCAGGGAUGUGUAACUAGGGUUGCGUAAACAAAGUGAUUUAAGUCCUAAAUGGAAGAGAAUUGAGCAGUGAGAUUGUACGAGCAUAGUCCAUACACCAAAAGUGCUUCAUUAAGCUUAAGUUGUUUUGAUGACUGAGGGACAGAAUACAGAAUGACUUUGAGAAAUGGUCAUUUAAAAUAUCCACCAUGCACAAUAAACACAAGAAUAACAGAACCUGUUGUUUAGGUAAUAGGACACACUAAACAGCUUUUCAUACACAUCAAUUAGUGUCUGUUCAUGUUUCAUUCAUACAAGAGGGCCUUUCUGGCUUCAUGUAUGUAUUUAUGGAAAUUAUGUAAGUCAUAAAAAAGCUGUAAAUCUUCUGGGAUUUCCUAAAAUAUACAAUCAUUUUAUAACCAAGAUCUAAUUGAAAUGGUUUAUGCAGUAACUCUAAAAAAAAACAACAAAAAAAAAACAUGAAACAAAAAAAUAAACACCAAUGAUUUACAAAAAGGCCCCCAAAAGGGCUAAUGGUUAUUUAUUCACACAAACCGGUGAAUGGCAAUCCUUCUGUGCCCCAGAGCCCACAGCAUAUAUGGUGGGCAGUUUUUAUGGCAUAAUAAUGUCCCUCAUACAGGGUUGGUUUGACAACAAAAAAACCAGAGGAACUAAAUACAUAUUCUUAAUGCACUAUAACCACUGCAAUAUGUUGUGUCCCUUUAAUCUUUAGUGUAAACAUAUUCUAAUGUUUUUCUGCAUAGAGCUGAGGCUUUACUAAACAGUGAAUUGUGAUACAUUUGAAAACCAAAUUGCAUAAAGUAGACCCAAAGGAUCCUACUCUUUUUCCCAACAUAGUUACUUUAGACCGUUUAUUUUUUUCAGUAAUUCAGAAAAACGAAGUUAAUAUAUUUAGAUCUGUUAUUUGUAUAUCUUAAUUGUACAAUGCUGUGGUAAAAUGUAAUAUAUAUAUAUAUAUAUAUAUAAAAAUGCUUUAUAGAAAAGAAUACUAAAAGUUUUAUUAUCAGUAGCUCUAUGUAUAUUGCUAGCAUUUUAGAAAAGUGUAAAAAAAUUACACAUCGAUCAGAAUGACAGAAUAAUACAGGUAUUUUUAAAGAGUGCGUUUUUUUUUUCUUAAAACCUAAACUCCCUUUUAAGAUCAAAACUACGUAAUUAAGGUGUUGUUAUCUGGUGUUCAAGGAUCCACAAUUUUAGACAUCAGUCAAUAAAAAACAAACUCAGAGCAAUCUGGUAAAAUAAAUUGCUCCAAGAGCGCAAAAAAAAUCACUAACAGUCAGACCUUCUUCAUUGUGACUGCUAGAACACCGAGAGGUUUAUUUAGUAAGUGACGCCGUAAUUUUUUUUAAAUUUUAUUUUUACUAAACAACUGAAGUGGUGAAUUAAAAAUAUAAUUACAAAAUGUAUGCCAACAUAGCUGAUUUGAAUAAAGUACUUUUACUGUUUUAUUCUCAAUACCUUAAGUAGAGAAAUGUAGAAAAUCUGUAUCCUGAUUCAUGGCAGUGAAUGAUAGUACUGACUGAUAUUGAAUUUAUUUUCAUUGUGUGUCAGUGAGUACAUAUUUAAAGAGCAAAUAUCAUACACUAGGCAACUGGAAAUUACCUAAAAGGAUGCUGAAUAUGAAUUAUCAUUAUAAUUAAAAUGAAUAUAUGACGAAGGAAAAUGAUUAUUAUCAAGUGAUAUAGAGAAAUAUAGCAGAGCAAGUGGGGAAACGGGAUCAAACAAAUCAGAUCAAUGCUUUAUACUUCUCAACAACUAGAAUCAUUCAUACACACGUCACGGCUAGAGGGAUAAUUAAAUAUAUACCCACACCCUAUAUGAGACCUUAUUCUGUCUUCCUGUACACCUCCAACAUGUCUUCAAGUCAUGUCACCUUCACUGAGACACAGGGGAAAUGAUUUCAUACCAUGCAAACGUGCAUGGCGAAGUGUGUAAUUUGAAAACCAUGAAAACAUUUGUGAGCAGUAAAGAUAUUACAGCCCUCUACAUGGGUACAAAGCUGGGUGGCUGAAAAGAAGUACUUGACUGAUACAAUCAUUUGAAGUCCAUGUCCUCCAUAUUGCUUAUUUAGUAUAGGAGCUAAGGAUACAGGAAUACACAUAGAACAACCAUCCUCCAUCUCACGUUAGCCUUCCACCUUAUCCAAGGCUACAUUACCAAACUCUGCAGGUGCUAAAGGUCCCAAAAUGUAGUGCAUUAUCCAUAUUUGCGGUCACCAAUGGUCAGUCCAGGACAAGACAAUGGUAGCAAUGGCAAAGAAGUACGGGAAAAUGCUGUUUCUCCUUGAUGUUUUUUCAUAAACUUAAAAAAAAAAAAUGUAUUAAAAAUAAAUAAAUUUGAAAACGUACAACAAAGCACAAUAACAAAAACCAACUACAACCAAGAGAAGAUGGCGUUGUGAACUCAUAUUGUCAGUAUACAACUGCAGAUGAUGAGCACACAAUGGAGCACAAACACACAGCAACCACUGAACACAAUCCAACACGUGAUAAACAACUGUAGCAUGCAAAGCUUUAGACAAGGCACAAAUAGGUCUUUGCUAAUAUUAGGAGUAUAUUAGGGGUAAUGAUAACAGUAACUCUCCAGGCCUUUUCGACAUAGUCCAGUCAACAUAUCUGUCUGCAGAACAUAAUUGACAACCAAAAAGUAUGGGCAAAAUAUUUGGGAGAGUGUCAUGUUCUGCAGCCACAUAUCCAACAUUAUAUGUGAAGAAUAGGACCCAUAUGUUUUUAUUGUGACUUUAUUGUUGCCAUCUAAUACCCAAUAUUAGUAAUGUCCCGAACGGUUCGCCAAACGGUUCGCCACGGACGGCGAACAUAUGCGCUGUUCGGUCCGCCCCCUAUUCGUCAUCAUUGAGUAAACUUUGACCCUGUACCUCACAGUCAGCAGACACAUUCCAGCCAAUCAGCAUAUGUUCGCCGUCCACGGCGAACCGUUCGGGACAUCACUACCCAUUAUCUAAAUGUGUCCAACGUUAAAGAGGAGAUCAUUCUAAACUAGCAAUUAUUAAAAUGUACUAUAAUGAAACUACUCUGUGCAAUGCUUUUGAAAAAGGAUACUUACUUAUCUAAUGCAGAGCAGAUUUGAAAAAUAGAUUUCUUUUUUAAACUAGUUGCUCAAAGCUGUUAGCAACAAAAUGCAGCAUUGAUAUGGAGCCACUGUUCUAACUAUGGUAACAAAUUGCUCAGACAGUGCUUCCUCGAAAUGCUGUUUCUGCUAAGGAAUAGAGUCUAUUAAUAUCUAUAAUUUGGAGGAGAGGUCAAGGAGGAGGAAAUAAUUAAGCAUUCAACAGAGUUCAAGGGGAGCAAGUCAUAUUUAAAAAAAAUUAAACUACAAUAGUGUUUAUACUCAGUGACUAGAAAAAGCAAAUCUCCAUAUUAUCUCUUUCUCUUACUCUGUGUAUGUGUAUGUGUAUAUUUGUGUGUGUAUAUAUAAAUAUAAAGAUAUAUAUAUGUAAAAAACAGAUGCAAUUUGUAUCUUGUUAUACCUUUUUUAUAGGAUUAACAGAAUUUUUUAAUGAAAAGCUUUCGGGAGAACCUCCCUUUCUCAAGUCUGAUGCAUUUCUGAGCAAGACGGCACGUAGAAUUCAAAGUUGAGUUGUGAUACAGGGGUUAAAGCGACAUGAGUGCAGAUAAGACACAGGUUUAAUAGAGAAAAGACACCAUUCUCACAGAGGGUCGUAAAUAUCUUUCUGAAGAUCAGAGUGAUGGGGAGAUGGAGAAAAAAACAAACAAACAAAAAAAACAAACAGUGCAGAAGAUGGUACACUUGAUACAUACACAUAUACACACACACACACAAAUAAAAUAAAAAUAACAAUAUACAUACACAUAAACACAUAUACUUACAUGCACAUGAACUCAUAUACACAAAUAUAAAUGCAUAUAUAUAUAUAUAUAUAUACAUAUAAAUAUAUAUAUAUAUAUAUAUUUAUAUACACAUACAUUAAGCAGUAGGAUCUCUCAAUUGAAUGGGGACUUUGUUGAAAUGGUGGCUUUUGUGUCUGAGUACUAAUAUAUUGGGUCACUUUUUCACACAAUGUGAUCAGGAACUGCUGUAAACAGGAAGUGCACAUGGAAUUAUUCCCCCAAAUGGCUGCUUCGUAGCUUAAUAGCUGGGGGAGGGGAGGGGGGAGAUGGCAGAGAACUUAUGUCGUCAGUAUUAUGUUGUUUAUUUGCUAAUCAAUAAAUGUAUAACUGAAUUGCAAAGUUUAGGCAACCGAGUAAGGAAAAGAACAAUCUCCAUUUCAAAUUAGUUGGACAUGUUUUCUCUCCCUCUUUUUUUUUGUGUCAAUCAUUAUUUUAUUGAAUUUUCAUGUGGUUCAAUACAGAAAGGAAGAGAGUAUUAAGGCAUUAAACAGCGUUCAACUGAGCUAGUAACAUAACGUACAGGCGAACAGAUACAAUGUGUUUGUGUCUUAAUGUAGGAACACAUCUGUUUAAACCGGUGUGUUAUGCAUGCAACCACAGUGGGGUGGUCGCCUUAUACUAAGUCUAGGGAGAGGUCGUAAAUUCCCUUUACUCCAGAUAGAAAUGUAGUUUAUGUGGGUAGCUGGGAAGGGGAGGGUGCACGAUCAGUCAGCGACCCAGAUUUCCAACUGGUGAGCCUGUUAGGGCAAGGUGCCUUGUAUAAGGAUCGGCAAUUGUACCGGUAAGGAGCUGUCGUAGGGGACUAGUAACUUACUGUUGAUCAGUGCGGACCGAGCCGGACAGGUGAAAUGCGUCAUGGUGAUGCGGUCGUGCAUUGUCAGGAAAUGAUUGCUGGUCACAGAUGACUGGCGUUAACUCUCUUUGUGUUUUUAAGGUGUGUUUGUAGUUGCUUUAUGGUCAACCUAGUGUAAUGGGGUUCACUUUGCAAAGAUGACCUAGAGCUGAUUCUUCAUGGGGAUAUGAUGUGAGGUUUCUGGCAGACAUGUCCCUGAUGAGCAUAGGAGCAUGCAUGUGCAGUGUUGUUAUUUACCCUAGUCCGGGCGCUGUCUUCACCUCUGGACUGUCCAGUGGGUGUAUGCGAGUUCAGGGAUUGUGUCAAUAAGGCUUGUAACAGGGGGAUUAUCCUGGUACUGGGUGAUAUGGCGAAGAUGGGGGAGGGGAGAAGGGGGUGAGGGGGAAGAGAAAGAGGGGGAACGGGUUGAGAGGCAGCUUGGCGUGGGAGGCUCCAGGUGGGUCGGCCCGCCAUGGCCCGAGUGCCCGAGUCCCUUUGUGUAUCCAUCGAAGCCCUCUCUCUUUUUUAACAUAUAGUUUAAUGAACACACUCAAACAUCUCCUAAAUAUAACAUUUUUAUUUUAAAGUAUUUUAAAGUGUUCAUGUCUCUAAGUAAGUCAAGUCUUUACACAAUAUAUUAGAUUAGGAUUAUUGACGGUAGAUACAAAACAGCUCUACAAAUGUCCUUAUCCUUAAGUACAGUUUCAUUCCCUGUUCAACUUGUUGCUCAGGACAGCACAAGGUUUUGUGCUUAAAAUAAAACAUGAAAACAGGCAUGCAUUUAAUUAUACAUUUUUUUUCUUUGGGGAUAUCUCUAGAAACAGCUUGCAAAAGAUGCAGAUCUCUUGUAAGCCGUCCCCUUCUAACCCCGUCCAGACAUUCUGUGGCUGUCCAAUCACAGACUUCCCAAUGCAAUUUAAUAAUAAUUCUUUGCCUGCCUAUUGAGUUUAGCUCCACUGAGAUAAACAACCAGGAAGUAACAGGACCUGUUGUCUGAUUGACUGACAGUCAUGGGAUUAUAAAUGUAAUAAUUUCCAUUGAAAUCUGUGGGGUUUUUUAACUAAAUUUCAAAUUUAAGACUGGGAAAAUUAUCCAAGUCAGCUAAGCUUCCAGUCAGUUAUUUCAGUCUAAAUUAAGAAAUUCACUUUGAAUUCACUUUUUGUUUCAACACUUUUCACUUCAAUAAAUAACCAUGUUAGAUUUUCUAAUUAAUCUUUUGCAGAAAUCUGAGAAAAUAAAGAUUAGGGAGUGCAUGGUAUUGAUUGUUGCACAGUAGUCCCAAUAGAUAGGUAAAUUGCAAUCUCAUAUUUGAUCAUUAUUGGGCCAGUAAAGGCUAGUGGUGAGCCAUAAAUGAAGCUGAAGAAAUCAUAAUCCACCAUUUCGAUACUUGGCAACACUCCUUUUACCAUUUUCAGAUAAGUAAAAAUGGCCCUAUACCUCAUGUAUACUUCAUAUUAAGCAAUCAAGUUUUUGUGAUGAUAAUGUUGGGGAAAAGCAAUUAUCUACUCUUCGAAUCUUUAAUUAAAAACAUAACAAAUGCAACUUCUUAAAGACUUGAAAAUGGUUUUCUAACAAAAUACCAACACCCUAAAAUGCUGUCAAUUGUUUGUAUUGUUCGUUGUGCUCGCUUGGCUUGAUGACAUCUAAAAACAUUAACUAACGAUUACUAGUUAAAGGAUAAAUAAGCUCUGUAACUGCAAUAUAACAAAAUUAAAAAAUCUAUAAUAAUAUAACAUAUGAAACAUAAGACUUGAAUUAAUAUUUUUGGAUAAAAUGUUCAAAUGAUUUAUCUACAGAAGUCACCAUUUUUUAAGACUGUUGGAGUUUUUGUCGAUAAUUCAUUUGAAAAGUUUAUCUAAAAAUAUAAAAUUGAGACCAAAAUCAGUUAAUGGCACACCUGUCUCCUACCAGCAUCAUCAACAAACGUGGCUCUGUGAAACCUUCAACCUACGAUUUUAUUUAAAAUUAAUCUUGUGAUCCAAGUUGACGUUGACAGAUUAAUUACAAAAUCUUGGUUUAGAUGUGAUUUUAAAAUUAUAACAUUUUCUAACUUCUGCAGUGUUAUAGGCAGAAAAAAAGGUUUGUGAGUUUUAGAUUUUGGUCACUAUGAUAAUCAUUCGACAUUGGCAAAAGUCCAGAAACUUUAUUCUGUUCAGUAUGACUAUGAUCGAGGGUAUAAAGACCUCUUUUACCCAUCCCAUAAUGAUAAAAGUGUUAUUGAAUCGAGAUCGCUUUGACAUUUUUAACAGCUUACCAUUAACCAUUAACAUAUUGAUAAAUGUCAGAUAUGAAAUUGUGAUUUCUCUGCAAAUAAAAUUUUUAUAUAUUAGUAAAUCCCCCCCUUUUUAAAAGUUGUAUUUUUUUUGCUUUUUAAUAAGUAUUUAUUUACUAUUUAAAAAAAAAAAAAUUUGUUCCUUGUCUCUCCGUACCACCAGGAAAAAUGUAUGAAAAGAUAUCAGUUCGCAAAUAAUACUUUGGCAUUCAUGGGAAUAAUUGCAAAGUUGAAUUGAAGAAAAAUUAAAUGCCCAGAGAACUUCAAGGCAAAAUGCAAGACGAAAAUCAAUUUUCCCAGCCACUGAGAUUUAUAUAGCUUUCUUUGUUAUUUUGAAUCAAUAGUUCUGUCCCCAUGAAUAGCUGAAUAAUCACAUUUUGUGUAGUGUUGGUAUACAUGUGGACGGAGUCUCUGAACUUUCAGUCACAACACUUUUGAUCAUUAACAGAAUCUGCUCUUAUCCCCCAUUUCUCUACAUCUGUGGAUUGUAGUUUCAACCCCAGAGCAGAGCAAUUAUGCCACGCUGUGUGUCCGGCAUGCUUUGCUAAAAUAAAUUAAUUCUUCAAAAACACAUUACCAUAAAAAAACACAUGAAAUGUAUUGCACAAAAGAUUGUGAACAUAAAGUAAAACGAACACUUCAAUAUCUAGGACUGAAAUGCUUUUAGUGAUGUGGCUUGACACACAGAGAAUUAUAUUGAUCUGUUUUACUUAUUUAGCUGUAAACUGAUACUUUUUAACUUUUUAUCAAUGUGAACAAGGUUUUUUUUUUUCCUUGCUGAGCUAAUAUUUAACAAGUAUUUUUGUGUGUAUAUAUAUAUAUAUAUACUAAGUGUUUUGUUUAUUAUAUAUAUAUACUAAUACAAUUGUUUAUACUUCUGUAAAUGAGCGUGCAGAUAUAAAUUAAAUCCAAAUUGCAACAUUUAGUCUAACAUAGCUAAACUGUGACUUCAGCUGAUUAAUAAUUUAAUUUAUAAUUUUUCCAGAUCAGCUAUUUUUAUGUUAAUUUUACCACUGUGAUAUAAAUUUACAUGCAAUUCGAAGUUUAGUGAAUUAACCCAGUGUUGGAAAUACAAUCCCCCCACCCUAUCUUAGUGAAUUAACAAAUUCUGCAAAAAACCAUACCUGACGUAUCUGUACAUGAAGAGCUGAGAAUGAAUAUCUGCAGUUACUAUCAAAUCCCUCUUUAACCAAGAAGACACGUCAUCAAUCAGGAUCCUCUCAUUCAUGUCUACUGUGUCUGAUCUUAUCCCAUAAAACUCUAAGCCAGCAGAGUUUAUAGUCAUGGAAGGGCUGGCAAUGUGGUUGUAGGCUGCAGCUUUAAACCAUUCAUCUGAAAAUGAAACUAGUGAAAGGUGUAUUGAGAUGCCUGUUUGCAUAGGACUGCAGGAAUUGUGCAUGGCCUUUGCUAAUUUGGCAUUGUUUGGGUUUGUGCUUGUGAUGGUGGCCUAUGCCUUGAUUGGCUCUCUCUCGGAAGUUUACUGGUGGUCUGCAGUAUCUGACGCUGACUAUUCUGCCAAACGUCAACGAGCAUGUGUGAUGUACCUGAAGGUUUUAGUCGUAACAUUUCAUGGAACUUUAAUUUUCAGAAAAAGAAUCUGGAAAUAAAAAAGCCCUUUUUACACAUCCACAACAGUAAAACUACUGAAGUUAAUAACUGAUUAUAUAAUGACACCUGUCAAGGGGUGGGAUAUAUAAGGCAGCGAGUGAACAGUCAGUUAUUGAAUUUAAUGUGUUGGAAGCAGGGGAAACCGACAAGGGAAAAGAUCAGAGUGACUUUGACAAGGACCAUAUAGUUAUGGCUGGAUGACUGGGCAGAGCAUCUCCAAAAUGGCAAGUAUUGUGAGCUGUUCCCCAUAUACAGUAGCUAGGACCUGCCAAAAGUGGUGCAAGGAAGGACAGAUCAGGUCAGAUUCAUGGGCACUCAAGGCUCAUUGAUGCAUGUGGGGAGCGAAGGCUAGCCCAUCUGGUCUGAUCACAGAAGAGCCACUGUAGCUCAAGUUGCUGAAAAACGUAAUGCUGGCCAUGAUAGAAAGGUGUCAGAACGCACACUGCAUUGCAGGUUGGUGCGUAUGGGCUGCAUAACUGCAGACUGGUCAGAGUGCCCAUGUUGACCACUGUCCAUCGCUGAAUGAGGGAUCUCAAUUGAGCAUCUGUGGGAUGUGCUGGAAAGACAUACCUGAUCCAUGGCCCCACCUCGCAACUCGCAAGACUUAAAAAUCUGCUGCUAAUGUAUUGGUGUUAGAUAUCACAGGGCAAGUUCAAAUGUCUUAUGAAGUCCAUGCCUUAACUUUUCAGCGCUGUUUUCGCAGCCUUAGGGGUACCCACACAAUAUUAGACAGGUGGGUUUAAUGUUGUGGCUGAUCGGUGUAUAUUGCACUUCAAUGCAAGAAAUAAAAUCUACAUUUUUGUAAUCAAUAAAAGGAAUAUUCACUUAACUGGUAUCUGUGGAGAAUUGUCAGAAUGUGUGGCCAUUAUAUCUGAGAUUUGGAUAUAGCACAGAUACACAGCAUUUAUUUUCCCACAAUUUGACUUCAUCUAAGAGUUGCAAAUUUUGACAGAUAUUCACAACUGGAGAUAUAGUGAAUGAAUCCCUAUGCACUGGAUUACUUAAAUAACAGUGUGCAAGAUAUACCUCUGUGCUACUUACAUUAACAAGGGAUUACAGCCCAGCCAGAAUAAAAGAGAACUAAUUUUAAUGAUACACUAUGCCCUCAUUGAGCACUGCCUCCUUGGUCAUUAUCUGAAUUUAUCAUGAUUUGAAAGAUCUACACGUACAGAGGAAGAAGUAGUCACACUGGGUAUUCCAAUUCGGAACCAUAUGGGAACACGAAUGGAGGCCUCACCGUAGCUUCUGAAGUUUAAAUACUAUAGUGAGAUCAUUUGAAGCUUCCCAUAUUGUUUUGUUAUGCAAUAAAAAUAGUGUCGUCAAACAUAAAAAAUAGAAUGUAGGCAGAUUUAGUGGAUAAACAGCAUAUUUAUAGUGUUACAAUACAAAAAAAAUAUUUACCAUUAGUGGUGUAAUGGGCAAAAUCAAAUGGGGUGGUGACGUUCCCAAAAUGUCUCCUAUUGUGAGAGUGGAAGAUGAUGUUCAUAUCGGUAAUCACCUGCAAUCUGGAAAAAAACGUUGCUGAAUUUAAGUAGUUAUAGAACUCCAUUGCACCACAAAGACGAUUCCUGCGGUUCCAUCAGCACGUCUCAUUAGAGUUUCUGAGACACAUUCUCCUUUGUGUUUGUUAACGAUGCAUGUUUAGGGAAUAGUAUGAUCAUUUAUUUGUUUGACUUAGAAAAGGUUCUAUAGCAUUUGUUACAAACAUUCGGUUGAUUUAGUAGCUGUAGUAUGUACCAACAUGGAUCAUUAAAUGUGUAAAGUAAGGAAAACUCUGUAGGCUUGAAAAUCACUCCUACUGUUUCCUUUAUUACAUGUCCUGUGUGGGGAAGGGUAAUAAUGAGUGUGUUGGGUUGUAGAAAUGCAGCACAGUCCGAAAAAAUUGUAAUGCACAAAUAUCAAAUCAGUCUUACCAUGUACUAAAAGAUAUAACUUUAGCAUUAAAAGCAUUAAAGAACUUGUCAUGAUUAUCCACGUAUGAUAAAACUCCUCACUUAUGUCAAUACAAAAUUGGCUGCUGCUGUACUGUUAAAGUGACUCAGACACCCCUUUAUCUAAAAUAAGUAUUUUAUAAAAAUAUAAUCUUUAUGAAAUACUCAGAUUGACUGAAGAGGACCGGAUUGAAUACGGCAGCGCCCACGAGGGGUAUGUUUAGGUAAGUAAAUCUCACCUUUUUGUGCCCCCCGUGGCCACCGGACGCCCAGCGUUAUUGUCACCAUUGGGAGUUUUUGUAAAUUAUGCCCAGACAGUAACAAAGCAUGGAUUGUGAUCCAAAAGGACCAAUACUUUGAUUGAAAAGAUUAGGUUUAAAAUGAUGCUCCUUUGCUAAUGGUGAUUCAAGAAAUGGAAAAUGAAGUAUGAAAAUUGAUACAUUUCUGAUUUGACUUGUCAGGUUGGGAUUUCUGAGAGGAUUUUCGAAUUCUAAAUAUAUUACUGAGCUAGCCAUUGGCUAGUGAAAAUAAAACCCUGGCAAGUAGAUAUUCACCCCUGGUGACCAUACUAUGGCUUGCAGUGGCAAGUAACUUUUAAGGCCUGGUUAGUAGGGCUUCAAAUUUUAAGCCCUACAUAUAACUUUAGCCUCUCACACUCCUGCUGUCUAAAUCUUUAGCUUGUAUUCCUUUUGUACCAUUAUACUAGGCAUCACAUUCAUUUAUUAACGAAAGGUCACAACUGUUUAUGGAAACUGCUACCAUUUUAGUUCUUAUGAGAAAUAUCUCUGAAGGUUGGUUACCCGUGAAUGCAGUCUUAAUGGAGCAAUUUUUCUGAAGCUAAUGGCAUUUUGUCACUAUGACUCUUGACUAGUAAAGCUUUAUAUUAAUAGUCAGAAUAUGGCUGUUGAGUGAAAACUCAACAAUUAGAGUAUGUUUUUAAACAUUGAUUACUACAUUGUCUAGAUAAGAAACCGAUGCCAUAAAAUCGUGUUUCUGGGGGGGAAAAAACAAACAAGUAGAGAUGGAAACACAAUCACAAAGAUGUAUUUCAUCAUAUUCAUUUGGGAUGUAGUGGCACGGAUCCAAAGCCAUUUUGGUAUAAAACCACAAAUAUACUCUAUUUCUUUGUGUCUUGUGGUCAGUAAUAUGCAAACACAGUCACACUUGCACUGCAUGGCACAUUCAGACUUCUAUUUCUAUAUUUGAUUGUAUAUGAAAUCCUUUUGUCUGUCCUGCACUUUAGGGUAUACUAUAAAAUUUGUGCUACAGUGCACGUAAUACAAUAAUGAAAGGAGCUAUGUGAAGGCUGGAUUGGGAAAUCUAAGCUGGAUAUGUUAGCAGCCAUGAAACCUUUUUAAUUUCAGAGGCAUAUAGCAUAGCACCCAUGUAUGCCUAUAAGUUACAUAUUUUUUAUAAUGCAGGAAUAUGCAUUCCCAAACAAAGGCUGAAAUUUUGAGAAUUUGUUUUGAGAAUUUGCACAGAUUUUAUGCAUUAUACAUACAGUGUAUUCCAAAAGUAAUUUAGUUAUAUAUGUAUUUUUUAACUCUGAUAUAAGAUUUGGAGUAUAAGUGAAAUGAUAAGUGAUAAGGUUAGUGAUAAGGUUAGUGAUAAGGAGGCAUUAAUAAACUUUACCUCCCAAUAUGUCCGCAACAGAUUAAGGAAUUUAAAAACUACUUUUUUUAUUUCUUUUUAUGCACUUCAGUUUAAUCUUUGAUUGGUGCUUACUUGCAAUGUAUACACAAUGUGUUUUAUUUGUUUCAUGCACUAUGUACAUGGUCAGUAUACUUUUUUAUUUGUAUUUUAUUGGAGUUUUCAAUUCCAAAAACAUCUGCGUCAAGGUAUAAGGUUACAAGAAUAGGUAUAUAACAUAUACAACAUAUAUAUCAAUGUAUAGGUAGGUAGUGACAUGUGCAUAUCAGUGUGCAAUGUGGGCUAUGCAUGGUAGCCUCUAGGACUUUGCCCAGUAGCGUGCAUAUAAGAGUAGAGAUAACCAUUAACUCUGUAGUACAUGUGCACUAAGGAAUACAAAUUGGAGCAUGUGUGAACUAAAUGCUUAAGAACUAAAAAGGAGAACUGCUACCGUUUGUCAUAGCUUGUUAUGUGUGGUCUCUUCAAGAGACGGUCUCGUUCGGUGUGGUGUGUGAUGUCCCUAGUACUAGUGUAUAACGUAAAACAAUUAAAUUAAAGGUAUUAAGUAAAUUAAAGGUAAAUAAUCAUUCUUUGGUUGGGGGCUAAGAUGUGGUAAAUAUCGGUGAAUGACUGCGUUUGCCGUCAACUUUAUUAUGAUGUGUCUCAGGUCAGGGCUCCCAGUACACUGAGUCCAGUCGCUUGGGCAGUGGUUAGAUGCAGUCUCUGCAAAAAGGUGUUAGCGUCCUUUUUUGAAGUUAGGUUGAGUGCUGUAUCUCCUUGUGUCUCGAUCAGGGAACUAUCCGUUCCCCAGCAGUAUUUGUUUGCGGCAUUCCGCAGUUGUGUGCCUAUCGGGGCUAGUUGCCUUCGUUCCAUUAGUGUGGUAAACAGGUGAUCUGCAUAGAUAGCCACAGUGUUGCCUUCGAAGCGUAUAUUGCCAAGCUCCCUGGAUUGGCUCAUGAUGGCAGUGCAAGUUGCGAUGUCUGUUGUUACUGCUAUAGUGUCUCUGGGUGUUCCUUGCGAGGCGGCCGCUGCCUUGCGGACUCUAAAAGCAGACGUUAACAUCCUUUUAUUCCCACAGAUGCCAGUAGCCUCUGUGUCCCCUCCGAUCUGCUCUGGAAUACCUCUCAGGUGUAUGUUGCGUCUCCUGUGUCUGUUUUCUAAUGUUGUGACAUAUGUGGUGAGUGUCUGAACCUGUUGGGUCAGACUGUCCACCUGGUUCUGGGUGUUUUUCAUCUUGGUCCCUCGGUCUUUCUCUUUAGCCUCCACUGUGUCAAUUCUCUGUCUGAGAACUUCCAUCUCAGUUUGUGCUUCCUGGAGGUUGGCUUCCAUACCUGCCUUACCUCUAUUAGGAGACUUUUGAUGUCCCCUUUAGUUGCCAGGGAAGAGUCAUUGUCUGAGUCCGACUCUUGCUCCACAACUGCUGCAGGGGGUGAGGUAAGUUCCUCACUAUCAUGACAAGACUCCUCUGAUGCUUCCAUCUCCGCCCGUGCUGCCGGCGCCAUUUUGGCUGUGCUAGCCGAAACUGGCCACUCAAUAGAAAACAUUAUAUCAGGCAAUUUCGGGGUCUCUGGGUACAGGAAUCUCCUGUGCUUUCUCCAAAUGUUGUCAGCUGGUGGGGAUUAAUGAAGAGGAAGUGUCAGCAGAGCUUUUGCGUCUUGUAUAAGGUAGUAAUGCUGAGAUCAGGUCGGAGUUUUCUUGGGACUCGCCCGUGUUGUUGCUCAGUCAGCCACACCCCAAGGCCCAUAUUUUUUAUGAAUUGUACACAUUACUUACAGGAUUUUGGCUUACCUCUUCAUUCCACCACUUGUCUUCACCUGGUCAAGAAAAGUGAGAGUGUAAAUACCCCAACACACCGUUAUUGAAUAGCCUCUACAGCUCAAAAUACAUUUUAGCAGCUCGAUAGGCUUCAAUCCCAGUACAUUCUAGGGCUGCUCAAGUAAAAAUGCUGGAAAGUUCCUUCCAAAUAAAAUUUUGAUCAUUUUCAUAAUUGCCACACAUGUUGUAUUCAAACAAAAUGCAUUCCUGCUUCUAUGUUGAAAUGGCUUUGUCUCCUUCAAGGAUCUUUGCAUAAUUAGCAAAGUCCUCCAGAGGUGACAUCUCCACUUGGAGUGUGAAGGUGCAAGGGUGGAACGGUAUUCUGUCAGUACGAGACUAGGGUCUAGGAACGAUACAGCAAGACCACCGGAUUCCUCUAUAGACCAACUCUUAUAACCCUUGAGAAGAUAUCCUAUUUCCACUGCAAUCACUAGUUUGAAUUGCUGAAACGUGGCAGUGGAAGAACCGCCUCUUGUAGAGUUUUAUCAACCUGAACCUUGACCAUAAGACAAAGUAGUCAGUUCUUUGUCUUAUAAUAUCUUUUCACAGUGUUGACAUUUUAAUGAAAUUCCAACACAAUUUAACAAAGUUUCUAACUUGAAAAUACUCAGAAGCAAUAUGACAGGGCUGUUUUAUUAAUUUAGACAGUGGAAUAAAUGCUAUAUAAUGCAGCAACAAAUAGGAGUCAUUUUACAUAAAUUCUGUGUUUUUAGAUGUUUGCAUUUCAUGUGUAGAUGCUGUCUGUAAACAGCCAUCUGUAUGUUUAAUAUGUUUUUUUAAGUAAAUUAUCUAGCUAUUCACAACAUUUUUUCAAGUUAAUUUAAUAGUGUUUUUAACUGAAAACCAUUUUAUUGAAGGAUUUAAAUAUUACUGUUUUAGAAUGUCAGGUAUUUCAAAAUAUUGCCUCACCUUGCUGGUUCUAGAUGUUUAAGAGUAUUGUAACAAUGAUUCAGAAAAGUUUUAAUUAAAAGGAUAAUGAUUGUUAUAUUGUUAUCAAUACGAUGCGUGCAUCUGUAGUAAGAUUUUAUACCUGAAAUUGUAAUAAUUUUAUAUCACUCUUGAAGAUGAACAAAUUAGUGUAUUUAGAAUUAAGAUUUUACCCCAAAGCUUGUGUUAUAAACUUACGUAAAGGUGUACAAUAAUGAGCACAGAGACAAAAAUCGGUUUAGAACAGGGGUUCUCAACCCAGUCCUCAAGGACCCCCUACCAGGAUUUAGGGAUUACCCUGUUGUGUGUAAAGUGCUUGUCCCCACCCCCCCUAAAAACACAUUAGACACAGCAGGGUAAUCCCUAAAUCCUGGGCAGUUCGGGAACCCCUGGUUUAGAACAUGUUAUAGAUAUGAAAACAGAUUUUUUUUUAAACUUUUAUAUUAAUAAUCUGCUUAUCACAUAUAUUUAUAGCAAAUCCUCCCAUUUAUUUGGGAAUGCAAAUUUGAUAUAUACCAGCAGAGUAUACAAAUAUCCAUGUUUACACUUUAAUGCUUAAAAGAGUAAGUAAAGUUACCUGCCUAAAACCAGGCAUCUGUGGACUGCUUUUAAGAUAGGCAUGUAUUGUCUUUCUAAAGCAAUCGACUUGGCAGGUAGGUACUAUGUUUUUUUUUUCCGCAUCCAGGGUGAUAUUGGAUCUAAUAUUGGAGGUGAGAUGUUUAGUUUCAGAACUUUUGCAGCAGCAUAGCUAAUAUCAAUGUAUUUAAAUUGUACUCAUAUUCCAAGUUCUUCAAUGCAAUUAACAAGAAGUAGAGCUAGUUUUAUUACAUAACUGAAUUAGGUGCUAGAUAUGUAGCCUAGGAAUUACUUGGUUUAUCAUAUUUAGCUGAGGAAUCAAAACGCAUCAAGACGGCAAAGCUUAUUACUCAUUUUAUAAACUUGAUAUUGCCUUACUAACAUUUCAAAAAAACUUUUUUUUUUUAAAUAUUUUUAUAUUUUCUACAAUCUUUCAAACUUUCCCCUGAAAUAUGCCUUGUAAAAUACGCUGCAUUUCAAAAUUUACGACAACCCAAAUACCAGAUAUGAUGACAAACGAGGUCUCUCUCUUUAAUUGCAAUAAUAUUGAUGUUACUUUGAAAACCAAGGUUGUAAUUUUCCUAUCACUUAGAUUGUAGGGUAAAUCUUCUUGUAACAGAAAGGGCAUUUGGAUGAGUUAAAAAUGCUUUCAAAAUAAUAGGUAUUUGGAAUGGCUAAUGAAUGGCUAAUAAAAGCGAACGCCAUUUAGAGAUAUUUGGGUCAUAUAUGUUUAUCAGUGAACUCCGGGCCGUAACAUAUCAUUAUGUAACCCUUGUAACACACAUAACAUCUGUGGCGUAAAUCAUCAUUAGAAACCAUUUGCAGGCAACACUUUAUGUAAUAAUUCUUAUAUAGCAAUGGAAUAAAACAAGAUGAUAGAUUCUGGUAUUAUCUUUAAAAUAUUUUUCCGGUAUAAAGCAGCCCUAUUAUUGACAGAUUAAAUGAGUAGAUAUAUGUAUUCUUAAUAGACCCCUAUAUCAUGACAUGGGAUGUUUUGUACUACUAUAUAUAGCAAUACACAUGUAUACAUCCUGCUGUGGUUAUAUCUUUCAUGUUCCUGUUUUUCGGGAUCUUAAAUCCUUGUGUGACACAUAGCUUGCUGAUUCUGAUCAUAAUAAAGACUACCUGUUGCUAUUGAUGUAACAAAGGUUUUUUUUUCUUUUAAAAAUAACAAAGAAUUUGAAUAUCCGCAAACUAAUGUAAAAUCUUGUUUAUCAGCUAUUUCAUCAUAAACUACUGUGAAUAUUAUAUAUGCCGGGCAUAGGCAACCAUGUGCCAGCAUUAUGGAUGUAAGAGCAUUAUGGGGGAUGUAGUCCACAACAUCUGGAGUGCCGAAGGUUGCCUAUCCCUGAUAUAUGCUGAUCAUCAGAAACAAGGGAUCAAGAACGGGACGAGAUGUAGUUGAGUUUAGCAUAAGUCUGGCCAUGGAAUGUUGGAUGUUUCUGUGGUGAAUGUUGGAGUAAUGUCACCGUAGAAGCCUUGGUAGUUGUGCAGUAUUCCCUAUAUCAAUGUAGAUCUACUGUGCACAGUAGAGCAAACUGAAGACCUCAUUUAUAUUAAUGUUUUUGAAAGUUUUGUUGUUCUCUGAAGUACCAGUGAAAACAUUUACAUAAUACUAUCAAAGCAAGAUGUAAACAUUUUAAAAUGAGAUAGGCCAUUGAAUAUAAUUAGCAAUAUAAUUGAUCCUUAUGGUGUUAAUGUUUUAAUUGGAAUACCUCCGACAUGACAUUUCACACAGUGAAAUCCAUCCGCCUAUAUAUUCAUGUUAAUCAUUGCUUAAAUGCUGCAUAUAAGCAACUCUUUUAAAUAAAAAAUACAGGGAAUUAGUCGUACACAUGGUCAUAAAAUACUAAGUCCAAUGCUACAUAUGACAUUUUCAUGGUUAUUCACUACAGCGAGUAUUGUCGGGAAUUCAAAGUGAAUUCACAGUGGAUUUGCAAUGAUUCACAGUGGCCCAAAAAAAUAAUGCAUGUACUGCUUCCUUUUCCAGACUCUAGUGACAGGAGUAGGCAACGUUCGGCACUCCAGAUGUUGUGAACUAUAUCUCCCAUGAUGCUUUGCCAUCAUUAUGUCUGUAAGAGAAUUAAGGGAAAUGUAGUCCACAAGAUCUGGAGUACCGAAGGUUGCCUACCUUGGUCCACUGUAAGUAAUGUCAAAUAAAAUUGUUUUUUUAGGGACUAAAAUUUCCGUUUCGAUCAGUGUGACCACUGUCUGCCCCCUUUUGAUGUAAUAAAGUUUUACAUACUCCACCUUUGUCUUCGUCAGCAAGCCUGAUGACUCUUCCUCGUUCUUCUCCAAUGUUUGAAAGAAAAGUCUUCUUCACCAUUUGUGUUUACUAGGCAGCCAUUUGUCAUCCUCAUAAAAUCAAACAUACAAAAGCAGAUACUAUGAGUGCUACAAUAAAAUAUGCAGAUGACAGACAAACUGGGAAGCAUAAAAACUAUUAAUUACUGACUUUUUAGGCUAUAUAUCGAAUACAUAAAACCAACAAUAAAUAUAAAGUGAAAAAUUAAGUUUAUAAAAUAUAUAAGCUUCAAUUCAAAAUCUAGCUUAAUUUUUUAACCAUUUUAAGGGAAUAAAUUAGCCCUAUAAUUUUAUGACACUAGUUCUACUUAUUACUUUAGCUGUCAUUAAUGGGUUAAUACAUAUUUUGUCGUACAUUAUUUAAUAAUUCUAUAUACCAAGCCUCAUAACAAAUUAGUCAUCCUUUUAAAUCUGUGGUGGUGACUACACAUCUGCUGAAUCAUACAUUUUUAACUCCUUCAGAACAAAGGUUAGGUAUGUGUUAGUUAUGAAAAUCAAAAACAAUAAAGGGCACAAUGGUGCUUAUUUUGGUAUAUAAUCUGGUGCAGCUAAAAUUACCCAAGUGUAAUGUCACCGUUUACACUUAACAAUUCUGAUAAAAUAAAAGAAAGAAAGGUGAUUUGCGCACACAGAAAUUGACAUUGAGGUUGGUGACAGACUUCCGGUUUUGACCAUAUAUAGACGUGGAUGUUAAUUCCAUACAUGUGUAUUAAAUAGUUUAAUUAUAUUGAUGUUUUUUCUGGUAUAUAAGAGAAAAUAUGCUCAUUUGAAAAACGUAUGCACUUGAGAAAGACCGGUUUGAAAGGUUGAAACGCGUUGUGCUAUUUUAUACUAUUUUAAUUCUGUUCUCAAGAAGACAAACUUUUUGUUUUUAAAUAAUAUGUUAAAUUAAAUUUUACUAAAUAUCCACCCUGGACUCUGGAGUUUCCUGCAAUUUAUCAGCACCGAGUUCCUGAGGGCGUUAUCUCUGUAUUUCCAUUGUAUAUCUCAUGGAUGAGAUGAAAAGCACCAUAAGUAUCGAGCCAACAUUUAAUAGGCUCUGAAAAUUGGGAGCUUGAAAAAAUAUUUUAACUUUCAUACUACCUCACAUAUACAGUAUACACUAUGUGUGUUUUCUAAUGCAUUUAAAUAUAGGUUUUACAGAACUACCUUGUGACGAACCUUACAUAUCUUGUGUAAGGUAAACAAGAUAUAUAUUUCUGUGUGCGCAAAUCACCUUUCUUUUUUUUAUGUGUUAGUUAUAGUAACAGCCUUGGCCAGGGGCGGUGCUAGGGUAAAAAAACAUCCGGGGGUUGAAGCCAAAGAUUAUUUGGUGGCACCUUGCAAAAGCUCCAACCCAGUCGGUCCCCAGUUCCACCACUUAAAACACUGUUUAGCACAUUCACAAUUCCUUACAGACACACACAUACAGAUACACAUUAACACACACAUGGACAUAGAAGGGCAGACAAAGACACAUAUAAGCACGCACAGACACACACAGUGACAUGCACCAACAUGCACAGAUAGGUACACACAGGCAUAGACAGACCAGCACAAACAGACAUACAUAUACUCAUUAAAAAAGAAUGGCCCUGUAGCUGUAGGGGAAGGCAGGUGGCCGGCCACAAAUCUUCUGUAGGGAGCACACUUAGUCAGCAUGCCACCAGCCCUGCACUUUGUUGGUCUCCUCAAUCUCCUCUGUAGCCACUGCGUCUGCCAGAUUACUUUGCACUCUCUGCCCACGUCAGUCUCCUAAAUGAGAUUCAGCCGUGAGUGAAAGUAGAGCAGUAAUAUUCCCAGUGUGUGUCUAUCAUCAGGGCUGUGUUUACCGCGAGGCAAACAAGGCAUUUGCCAGCCGCCCCCCAAUCACCCUGGCAAAUGCCUUGCCAGUCUCUUUUCCUGGGGGGCCCAGGAGCUGGCUGGGUGGCUACCUCAGGGCCCCCCAUGCUGGCAGUGGCAGAACUUUCCUGGCAGGCGGCGAGGGAGCACUAAUUCUCCUGUUCAGCUCCCUCGCGCACGCCGCCGUGAUACUGGAGCCGGCAUAUGACAUCAUUCCGGCCCCGGCAUCACUUUGCGGCGCGCGAGGGAGCUGAACACGAGGAUCAGUGCUCCCUCACCAACUGCAGUGACCAGCUGGCCACCCAACAGCCCCACUGGACCCUAGGGAAAGCGAGAAUCCACCCCAGCACUGCCAAAGGUAGGGAGGCUGGGGGGAUUAAAUUUAAAAAAUAAUGUGUGUGUCUGUUAGUGAGUGUGUGUUUGUCUGCUAGUGUGUGUCUGUUAGCGAGUGUCUGUGUGUCUGUUAGUGAGUGUCUGUUAGUGUGUGUGACUGUUAGGGAGUGUGUUACUAUGUGUGUGUCUGUUAGUUUGUGUGUGUUUGUGUCUGUUAGUGAGUGUGUUAGUGUGUGUGUCUGUUAGUGAGUGUGUAUGCAUGUCUGUUAGUGAGAGUGUAUGCGUGUCUGUCUCUGUUAGUGAGUGUGUUAGUAUGUGUGUCUGUUAGUGAGUGUGUAUGCAUGUCUGUUAGUGAGAGUGUAUGCGUGUCUGUUAGUGACUGUGUGUGUCUGCUAGUGACUGUAUGUGUCUGUUAGUGAGUGUGUAUUCUGUUAGUGCGUGUGUAUGUGUGUUGGUCAGUGAGUGUUUAUGUGCAUUUAAAAGGCGGGAUGGGGGGGAGGGGGUGCCUGAGUUUUGUCAUGCCUAGGGCAGCACAAAACCCUGCUACUGUUUCACACAUGGUUCAUUUCCAUGUCCCUGUACUUUAAAAACCCAACAUUUAUUUUCCCUACUGCCAGAGCCGGCACAUGGGGUGCAGGAUCCAGGUGACAGUCUUGAGGGAAGCACACAGCACAGCUCCUCCAACCUCCCAAAGUCAUUUCAUGUAGCGUGGCCACACAGACCGCGUUAGUGGAUCUUCUGUAUAUUCUACCCACUCUGAGAGGAAGUGCUCACUAGGAGCAACUAACAGCUUCCGCAUAGAGGACACGCACAGGUGGGGAGAGGGGGAAGAGAUCACAAAGGGAAUGGGGAGAGGGACACACAAAAGCGGCUGGGGGGUGAAAGAGACACACAAAGGAGCUGGGGUGUUAAAGAGACAUGAAGAGACUGUUGGGGAUAAAGAGAUAUACAGAGGGGCUGGGGAAGGGUAAAAAGCGACAAACAGAUGGGCUGGGGAAAGUGAGAGAGACACACUGAGGGGUUGGGGAAGGGGAGAAAGAGACACACAAAGGGCCCGGGGGGGAGGGGGGGGUUAAGUAACAGAAAAACGCAACAGAAGGUCUGGGCUUUUAGUGCUGGAAGAACACAACCAGGAUAGGACAAUGCUUAAGGACUCCAUGUACCAUAACCACUAUAAUUAUAUUUUAUGGUUAAAAUACUAAGCGUGCUCAGUUGAAACACAUUUUCUAGAUUUCCAGAUUCUCUAAAGGAUUCAUCAAAAAUUUCUACUGUGCACCUGUUUAGUAAAGAGAUCCUAAUAACACAGAGCUAUUAUUUAAACAUGUCCUGUUAAAUAAAUUAAUUGACAUGGCUAGAAGUUUGUUUUAGUGUAAAUAAGGUUAUAGAUUAAAAUGUAUUAAUAUUGUAGAGUAGGUUCUUGUUUUGAAACCAAAUGUAUACUACUGAUUUUUCAAUUAAACCACAAAUAAUAAUAAUUAUACACAUUAUUCACCGCAACAUUUUUGCACAAACUCGACCCUGUGCAGCUAAUUAUUGGGCGUUACGUCACGGCCGUGAGCCUGCACCUCUCCGCAGAUGGAAAUAAAAAGUUUAACCAGAUGAAACGACAGGUGAAAAAUAUUUUCAAAAAAGCAAUUUCAUGGUUCAUUCUAUCAUUAAUUCUCUUUUGUAAUCUGGGUAGCUGUAGAUUUUUUUUGUUUAAGUUUGGGAUUAUACGAGGUUUACAUUUUGCUUCCUGUCAAAUAAGACAUCUGGGUGAAAAAAAUGGAGACUUUUCGCUUGUGUUUUUUUUCCACAAAUUGCUGAAAAGAUAAGUAAGCUAGUAUUACAGGUGAAUAUUUCUUGGCAAUGAGGUACAGGGUUGUCUAAUAGGGCCUAUCAAACACAUUAAGCUGAAAGUCAAAGCCCUGGGCUUUGUGCUCCCUGUUAGCCUACGCCAGAAGACAAGCAGCACAUAAGGGUCAUUUUCUGCAUGAGCUAACCUUUUUCCUCACUUAAAGUUUGAAGCCUUUGUUGACAAUGAGAUGCUCAGUGGGAACAUUAAAUUAACACUUCAUAUUCGUGGCUAUAAAUUUACUGGCAGGCUGAAGAAAAGUCAAGGAAAACAAACACUUCAUCAUUUCUGCUUCAUUUAGCUUCUGAAUGGGUACACUCUCACCUGCAGAUAAAAGAGGUCGGGGCAGACAUGGAUAAUUUUAAUCCGACUCUCAGGCUUCUGUUUAGUUGUAGUGGAUUGAGUUGCAUUCUGUGCUCCGUGUAAAGGUGAGACUGAGGUGAGAGCAAGCAAAUAGAUAAAAUGUAUUCCAACGGCGUUCCGUCCAUCGAGACACAUGGAAAGGAAGUAUCCUUCUAAAACAGACUAUUAAAAAUAUAUAUACAUAUUUUUUAUUAUUUUUUUUUAUUUUGAGCAUAAGAAGUUAUUUUAAUAUUAAAAAUAUAUAUACUUUUUAAUGUUGACCAUAUGAAGUUAUUUAAUACUUAAUAAUAUAUAUACUUUUUAAUUUUAACCAUAUGAAGCUAUUUUAAUAUUAAAAAUAAAUAUACUUUUUUUAUUUUGACCAUAUGAAGUUAUUUAAUAUUUAAAAAUAUAUAUACUUUUUAAUUCUGACCAUAUGAAGUUAUUUUAAUACUUAAUAAUAUAUAUACUUAUUAAUUUUGACCAUAUAAAGCUAUUUUAAUAUUAAAAAUAAAUAUACUUUUUUAUUUUGACCAUAUGAAGUUAUUUAAUAUUUAAAAAUAUAUAUACUUUUUAAUUUUGACCAUAUGAAGUUAGUUUAAUAUUAUUUACUAUAUCCAAUUUCUCUAAGACUGUACUUUAACGCCUUAACUUCUGAGCACACUGCACACAAAAAUAGUGAUCUAUUUGAAAAAAUAGGAAAAUAAACGUUUCAAGAAAAUUAAAAAGAAAAAUUCAAAAAUUACAUAUAUGUUUAUUUUAUAGAGUGGAUUAUUGUGAUUGUCAUCAAUUUUUCCAAGUCAAGUUUUUUUUUUAGGUUUUCUAUUUUCACCUAAUAUAUGAAUUUCUCUUUGGAUUUCCAAAAACUCAAGCAAACAAUCUUCAGAAAGAUAACGCAUACACAAUGCUUGUUAUUUUACACACUAUUAAAAAAGUUUCAAUAUUUUUCUCACAGAGACAUGGAAGAAAUCUACACGUUUUUUGGGAAAUUGCACUGUUGUUACAAUUUUCUUAAUUUUGACUUUAUAUAGUUUCAGUGCUUGCCUUUUAUUGCAGUCAGCAUAGGUUUGUUAAUACUUGUUUCAGAGCUAUCAUUUACCAUAGGAAAAAUUCAAAGUGAGAAUUCAUAGUGGAUUUCAAAUUUAAGGCCCUACUGGCCAAAUUGAAAGCAUAGCUGACUUAGAUAAUUUUGACCAGCUCAGCUAUUUUAGAAUUAAAUUUACUUUGCAUUAUCUGUUUAGUAAAUAACCUGAUUAGUGAGUUACCCCGACUGACUCUUAUAGCUUCCUUUGGCGGUGAUGGUCAUUGUCAUGUAUAGACACUCUGUAUACUUUAGUGGGACUGACCAGUUAAAAAAUGUAGUUUCUUCAUUGGGUACAAUAAAUAUGAAUAUUAUGUACGAUUCAUAUUUUAUACUUUAUUAUAAUGCAAUGUAAACAAGGGGUUGGGUAAGAAGGGACUACUUUGCUUAUAACUUUCAUAUAUUUAGUUAAAUAAAUUUAAAGAAAUAUUUGUAAAAAUAGAGUAUUUGGCUAUCCAUUAAAAAGUCUCUAUCAAUAUUAUGGUGCUAGUUUGGUUAUUAUGUCCAUGUACAAAAUUAGAGGGUAUUUAGGGCUAGGGACUAGUCACAUUACCUUGGAAACAAUCUCCAAGUUGGCUAGGUUUUUAUUAUUAUUGUUAUCGCCAUUUAUAUAGUGCCAACAGAUUCUGUAACGCUUUACAAUAUUAAAAGCGGGGGGAUUUAACUAUAAAUAGGACAAUGACAAGAAAACUUACAGGAACGGUAGGUUGAAGAGGGUCCUGCUCAAACGAGCUUACAUUCUAUAGACUGGCUAUUUUGGCAUACAAUUUGGCAUACAGUUAGAAAUUAACGUUGAAUUCCUAACAUUUCACACAUUAAUGAAUAACCCUGUAGUUGAAUGUAUUAAUGGGUAUAGCUUUCAAGGAUGGAACCAAACCUGUUAAAAAAAAUAAAUAUAUAUUUAAAGCAAAACAUUAUAUAUAUUUUAUAUAUAAGAAUGGCUGGAUGUGACUCUAAAACAAAUGGGUUUCAGAGUUUCGAGGCAGAAGUAACCCUUGCGAAAAAGUUGUUUCACGUUAAGCUCCACUGUCAAGGCCAGUGAAUUCAGUCUGGCAAGUUCCCAUGUGUGCAUAAUAUUCAAUUAAAAAGAUAACAUUAAAUAUUUACUGGAGUAAAUAGAUGUGCCCUACAGACUAUUUUCAGGGGAUAGUAAUAAUAUAAUAAUAACAUGUACCGUGGUGUGCACUGCAAUCUUAAAAUGCAUUUAUUUCAAACUUUUCAGUAGAUUGGCUAACACAAUACACAAACCUAAUACUCUUUUUUUUUUUUUUUUGCAUGAAUAUAUACUAGUAAGUACAGAUGCUGUAAAUUCAUAAUAAUAUUUAUUUUUUAUUUUUUUUUGGUCACUUAUGUUAUUAAUGUUUUUUUAUGUUGGACCCGGACUUUUAUUAAACUCGAGUUAUUUCUCCAUAAUACUGACAGUUUGAUUUGCAUAUUAUUGAUACACAUAUCUCUGUACGUGGAAAGAUUCAUAUGUUUUAGUUAACAUUAUUAAUAAAUAUUUCACUUUUUUUUUUUUUUACCAUUUUAACAUGUAGAACAUUAUGUUCAUUUCCAAGUAUGUAUCUAAAAAAAAAAAUAUAUAUAUAAAAUGUUCUUACAUUUUUCUUCAUCUAUUGGGGCUCCAUAAUAUGUAAAUUGAGUCCCAUUAUGCCAAAAUAUCACUAGUGUCCACUGAAGUACGCUGCACAAAUAGUAAAAGAACGUAUUGCUGGUAAAUAAAAUAUGGAAUCACACUUCAGUUGGUUGCCAAGGAGACCAAAGAGCCCAAGAUAAUUAAUUCUAAUGGCAGGUAGAAGAAAAAAUAUAUAAAUUUUAAUAAGGACUUUUGCAGACCUGCUACAAAAAAAGGAAAAAGGUGAAUUUUGUCUUUUUAUAAAGCAGAUAAUGAUGACAGAUGUCCCAGCUUGUUUUGUUAGAUACAUCCUCUCUUCUUCUCAACUGAUGAUCUAGCAAACGAGAUCCAAACACUAAUUAUGUAUAUUGGCUGGUUCACCAUUCAGCACUCAUUGUGCAGAGGAGGAGGUGGUGAACAAAUGCAAAAUGCCUCCCAAUUGUAAAGUAAAUGAACAGGGGAGGAGACCAAUCACAGGGACUGAAUUCCAACAGCAAAAUCUUUGUUUUGUGUAUAUUCAUUUGGACUGAUAAAGUUAUAGUAUGUGUCAUUUAAUGGAUGCUCCAAAGUAGAUUAAUAUGUUUGUUUGUUUUCAGUAUUUUUUUAAAUUUUUUUUUACCAAAACAUCUCUCGUCUUUUGAGCUCUAUAAGGGUAGGACUGGAACAGAAAUUAGACUGGGUUUGCAAAGAUCAUUAAAGGGACACUAUUGUCACUAAAACAACUUUAGUUUCAUGAAGCAGUUAUUGCGUAUGUAUCUUGUAUCACUGCUCAAUUCUCUGCCAUUUAGGAGUUAAAUCACUUUUGUUUCUGUCCAUACACCUCCCCUUGUUGUGAUAGAUACAGCCUGCAUUAAAAAAAAUAGCAGGUGUUAACUUACUUUAGACAUUUUAUUCUCCUGCUCUAAAUAUUGAACUUUAAUCACACUCAGGAGGCUCCUGUAAUGUCUAAAAAGUUUUUAAUAGUGCAGGAGAAAAUAAUUUCUAAAUUAAACACACUGUGCAAUAAAAGAAAUAUAAACAUUAGAGAUUUACAGGAAGUGUUUAGGAAGGUUGUGCACAUUACAUGCAGGGAGGUAUAACUAGGGCUGCAUAAACAAAGUGAUUUAAAAUGACACUAUAGUCACCAGAACAACUUCAGCCUAAUGUGGUUGAUUUGGUGAAUAUAGUCAGUCCUUCCAGGCUUUUUGCAUUGUAGCAUAGGGACACCUCCAGUAGCCACUCCUCAGAUGGCUACUAGAGGUGCUUCCUGGGGAAGAACUGGCAUCUCCAUGCUCUUCGUGGAGGCACUGAACUUUCUCCAUAGAGAUGCAUUGAGUCAAUGAGAAGAGGCUGAUUGGCCAAGGUGGUGUGUGCAUCCAACCCGCCUCCUUGGCAAUCUCAGCCAACCACAAUGCUUUUUUAUAGGAAAGCAUUGUGAUUGGCUGAGAUAAUAAAUUCUGAUUAUGUCAGCCAAGGAGGUGGAUCAGUGGCAGAGCCAAAUGCUGGUGCUGGAAAUAAGGUGAGUUUCCACCCUAUUUAGGAGGGUGUGGGAGAGGGGGACAGGAGGCUAAAUAGUGUUUUUAUACUAUCAGGUCAGGAAUACAUGUUUGUGUUCCUUUAACUCCUAAAUGACAGAGAAUUGAGCUGUGAGACUGCAGAGGCAUGAUUUAUACAACAACAUUGCUUCAUUAAGUUAAAGUUGUUUUGGUCACAAAUCAUUAUGUGACACACAAAGUGUAUUGAAGUUGUUAUUGUGUCCCCUUUAAAACAAAUUGUGUGUCACAUAAUUACUUAGCUUAUAAUAUAAGGGUGCAAGUUUUUCUUUCUGAUUUGGACAAUUUCAAACCAGAUAGCACUGUUAGAAUAAGUUUCUCAGAGUCAAGCUAGUAAUAAUUUUUCUAACUGCUAUGUUUAUUCAAGUUUACAAGGUGAUAAAUUAUAAGCAACUUAAUUUUUAUUAAAUACAUUUUUAAUUUACUUUUUGUAAAAAAAAUACUUUCAAAUUAGUUUUUAAGUAAUUUUAUUGGUCAAUCUUUAUUUACGAUUUUUUGAUGAAUUCACAAACAAAGAAGUAUUCUAUUUUAAACAUUCAAAAAUGCAAUCCUUAUAUUAACAAAGUAUUCAAACUUAAGACCCCCCCUUUUUUUUUUUAUAAACUGGCAUCCAUACAGGUGCAUUAAGUACCCUAUUUCAAAAUAUAACAAAUCAACUAAACAAAAUAAAAUAUAAACCCACCAACAAAUUUACUACUAAUGAGCAUAUUGUGAAAUAAAUCUGAUAUACAACUGUUGGUCAACUUGUCAUAUGCAAAUCCCUAGCCACUAUGUCCUGUAUUUGCAUAGAUACAAUUCUAUCAGCCUAAAAAAAUGAAAGCGAAAAAGCAGGCUAUUGCUUAUGCAAAUCUGUCCUUUCUAAAUCUUUAGCCAUGUUCGGCAUUAAAAUUGAUCCCACUGAUUUGUUUCAACAAAACAUUGUACGGUUGUACUGCAAUGGAAGUAAAAAAAAAAAAAAAAUACACUUAGAUUUUAGUAGCGUAGACAACAUUAUUCAAGAUAUUUUAUAUAAACAAUAAAAAGAAAAUAAUAAAAAAAGUACAUUCUUCGAAUCUUCUAGAUAAUUCAGAGAUUUAUCAUUUUCUGAACUUUAUUAUCCUCGUAGGAUUUUUGUUGUAUUUUAGUGCAUAUUCCAGUAUGUCUAAAUGGUUAGAGGAAAAUGUAAACCAAGCUGAAGAAAUGUUCAAAAGUCUCACUUACACUAGUAUAGUUUAGGCUGAUGUGAUUAGUGCUUUUUCUAUACGAUCUAAAAUAAAUCAGAUAAUUAAAGAUACUUCAAUAUCUUUUGUCCUUCCAUACUUGAACGUACAGCAAAGCAGAUGUUUACUUAAAUGAAUACUCCAAACACCUAAAGCACUUUAGCUUGCUGAAGUGCUUUAGGUGUAAAGAGUGUGUCCUCUUCUUUCAUGUUUCAAAAAGUGACUUCCAUAGAAAUUGGCACAUUUAUAAAUUAACUUUGUUGCACCACAUGGCUGUCAAUCAUACAACUGGUCUUGUUGCUUCCUGGUUUGGUUAGCUCAGUGGAGCUAAACUCAAAAGGCAGACAAUUGCUCAGAGCACCUGAAAUGCAAAGACUUAUCAAUGAGUUGCAUUGGGAAGUCUGUGAUUGGACAGCCUCAUAAAGUCUGGGCGGGGCUAGAAGUGGAGGAUCUGCAAACUGUUUUUAGAUAUAAUCCCAAUAAAAAAAAAAGUAUAAUUAAAUGCAUGCAUGUAUUCAUGGGGGUCUACUAAAUACUGAUUUAGACAUUGGGACGAUGGAGUGUCCCUUUUGUGGCAACUCUUACUUUUCAUAAAUAAGCAGUCAAACUGCUUUCUGAAAUACAAUAGUUUAGUUAAAUUUACAACUGCCAUGUAAAUUGGUUAAACAAGGUGACAGCUGGUGGAUUGAUACUUCUAGACGGCGAUUGUUCUACCCAGUGUCUACAAAAGACAGGCAUAGAAAAAACACUGAAACAAAGUAGUCCCUACUUUGUCUCAGUAUAUUAUUUGGCUGGGUUGGAAUUUCAGUGAAACAUGAGUAUUUCAUAGAGAAUUUAUAUUAAUGAAAUACUAAUUGUUCAUGGGGGAGGACAGCACUGCUUUAAUAACAGUUUAUGUUGCUUAUUUUAAUCGUAAUUUGUAACGUAAUGUGUAAACUUGUUUUAGAACAUUUUCAUUUUUUUAAAAUAUGGCUAAGCAGCCGUGUUGUGUUAGAUCCUACUGUUAUUUGGCCAAAUGCUGCUCACCCUAACUUGCUUGUUGCUGCAGGUUCACACAGUUGUCAGUUGAAAGUGAGCAUAGAACCACAUGUAUUGGCAUUACCAGUGUAUUUAUUAUAUAAUAUGUAAAAUAAUGUAAUAAAAUAUAAAUUAUAAUAAAAAAAAAAGAAAAUAUAAUACAUAAUGUAAUAAAGGACGCAAAUGGCAUUCAUAUAUACUUCCCCUUUAAAACCAAGAUAACACCAAAACAACCUUCCUAUGAAGCCGAUCAUUACAAGGAAAAUGUGCGGUGCAGCCACUUGCUUGCUUUUGAUCUUGAAACUUAACACAAGUUAUAGUAAAUACACUAUUUCGAUCUGUGUGUUAAAAGCUAUAGCCCAUUGGUUUAAACAUCUAUAACAAUGUUUACUAAACAUAUAACUUUAUUUAGAACUUAUAGUUAAAGAAACAGUGUGCAACAUGAAUAUGCAAAUAUAUACUUUCAUUAUUUUUAAUUAAUAUGUGAGGUACACUAUGAUUCUAAAGAAUUAAUAUAGAGAGUCAGGCCAGGCCUCAUAGUAACUCUAGACUUUCUGAUAGGUUUUCAUGCAUUCUUCAUACAUGACGUAAAUUAAAUGUCUCUUUAGGAUCAGUCUUAAACCCAAUUACAUUAACCCCUUAAGGACACAUGACAUGUGUGACAUGUCAUGAUUCCCUUUUUUCCCAAGUUUGGUUCUUAAGGGGUUAAUAAGGUACUGGCUCCUUUCUAGUUCUGUAGCACUAGCUAAUUAACAUUAUUAUUAAAGAACUGGGGUUAAACAAAUCUUGAUAUUUUGUUUUAUUGAUCAUUAAGGAAAAAAUAUCUUACACUUGAAGGAGAACCAUAAGAAAUUGUUGAUUUUCACCUAGCACUUAAAUGCAUGUGAAUUGCCCCCAAAAUUUGCCCAAUCUUAAAUAGUUUUUGGUUUUUUUUUGGUUUCAAGCAAGAGCUCCUUUGAUUUGCAAAUGCUGAACAUGUAUUCGCUUCAAAUUGAAACCAAUAAUAUUGUAAAGAUUAGGAGCGCAUGAGUUAUUGGAAGAGACUUUUAGGAUUGACAAUAAUUGCCGCUUUUCAUGUUUCAUUUCUGCCUGACCCUUAAACGAGAAGCUAAUUUAUUAGGAAACCGUCAGCACCUGACCGUCCACAACCACUCUGUGAAUUUAUUGAUUGCACUACAACUGAUAUCACUGCAAAGCCAUUUUAACAAAUAAUCUUUUGUCCCUUAAUAUAUUUAUAAAAAUGUACAAAUUGGUGGAUUAAUAAUACCUAAUUUGAACUAAAUAAAAAAUGAAAAAAUAAACAAACUGUUGGUGCCUAAUUGCAUUACCCCAUAGCAAGAAAUAUAAGGCUGUAUAUUUUUGCUUCGUACAUGCGCAAAUCUAAUGUUCUGAAAUAGACAAGCACUGGCAAGUAAACAGAAACUGUCAUCAGUUUCUAUUCAUUUUGUUAUUCAUUUAAAAAUAACAUUUAAAAAAAAUUAAAUAAAACUGUAAACGCCUUUUUUAAUGUGUUUUGUAAAUAAUGUCUUCACGUAUUCCCUUUAAAACCAUGAUUUUUGAUUAUUUUACUUUGAUAUUAAAUUAUAUCUUUUCAGAAAUUUUUUUUAUUUUGCACUAUGUAUUUUCAAAUAAAAUAAGGCAAAGAAAGGAAAAAAACAUCCACAAAGAAAAAAGUGUGCAACCCCCCGUCCCCACCUCCCCCAUUCUCCCAUUUCUAGAUUUUUAGUAAGACACAUCAUUGCUCUACACUGCUAGCUUACCCCACUUUUUAUUUUGACUGUGGGAGAGUUGGACCAAUGUUGUGCUCAAAUUAGCCUACUAGGUGGUCCUUGAAAGUAGACACAGUGUGACAAGUAAAGUGAAAGGCCAAGACUCUUUGCAGUUCGCUGGCUGUUGUUGAAACUGGCAAAGGGUGCAUCCUGGGGGUGGCACUGAUGUAGCUAUUGAUGUCCCAGGGAAUUCUGUGUCAGGCAUGGUUGACUACAAUCAGAGCAGUGAUUAGACUUCUUUUGAUCGCAGAUUUAGUUUUCUGCCUAUCAAGGGACAGAGAGAGUUGGGAUCCAUAUUAAUGGCUUGCAGUGGGCCCACGUAAUUUCCCAGAGGGUCACAAGGUCAGGUUUGUAUUUAGUUAGCUGUAAUGAUCUCGUUAGGGAUCUGAAUGGGCCACCGUCCAAGCCCUUUCAGGGAUGUGAGCGUGCCUGCCCCUCCCUCUUCUUUCCCUACGUUGUGUGGGCUUACACAGGACACGAACUGUGAUUAAUAGACUUCCAGUGCUUAAUAAUUUGCAAAACAGUAUUAAACAAGGAACGCUGGGGACAAUUGGAAUUGGACAUAGAAGGGCCAGGAGGUUGAUGUAAACAGAACCAGUGCAAUCCAAGUGCAUGGAAUUAACUAAGAUGGAUGCAUAGAAUGGUACAGCUGGCAACUGGCAGGGAGCCAAUCCCCGGAGAAUGCUCUAUUGGUCUGUCCAGGUGGUCAGGCUGAGCAGGCCCUUUUAACUUUGUACAUCUUAUAAAAAAAAUGGCAAGGGGGAAAAAGACUACACUUGCAGUGGGAAAAAAAGACAAUGAGAAGCCAUUGAGGAAGAAAAAGAAAGAGCUUAUGAAGCAGAGAACGUUACAAGGCUAUAAUAGAAAACACGUUCAAUGGUAGUAAUCCUUGACAUGUAGGAAGAAAUAUAAAUACUUUCUGCUUGAAUUUAGGUGAACUUUCACUUCACCAGUGAAAUAAGAGUGGAUGCAUUGGUCGCGGUCUACAAAUGGUGCAAUUUUUUUUUUUUAAGUUUCAAAUCCGUGUUAUUGACCUGGCCCAGUGAUUUUGACUGAUAGGGCUGGGAAAUAAAAAUAAAUAGAAAAUAGAUAAAUAGAAUCAAUUUUACUCCUUUUUUACUGCAUUUGCAAAUGUAACAUUUAUACAUUAUAAGAAGAAAAAUAUAUAUAUAUAUUUUAUGGAAGUACGUCGUUGUUGUUUUGUUGUUUUGUUUUUACAAUUUUUUAAAUUUAUUUUUUUACAAAUGUUUUCAUUACAAUCUGUCUUUUUUUCUCUCCCAUUUAUUCCUUUUUGCUUACAGGUAUUCUGUUAAUUUAGUCCGAAUUGACCCUAUUCAGGAUAACAUCGGAUAAUUGUAUUUUACUUGUUUUAACAAUUUAAUUUUUUUUCGUGGGAUGCUAAGCUUUCAGUAAAUGAUGUAUGAAAGAUUUAAUAAAUUAUAUCACAAUCCUGUUCAGGCAAAACCAGGGCAAACAUUGCAAAUGAAGCAGAGAAAUAGAAACAUCUUUCAUGUCUCCUCUUUGCUGUAUGCUUUCUGUAUGCUGACUGCCAGGUGCAAAGGACUGAGUUUAUAACAAUGACUGACAGGGAGCUAAGAUAGAAGUGUCCAUCCAAUUGUAGCAUAAAGAGGUGCGACAUUCUAAAUUCAAUUAAAUUUUUCUCUCCACAUAAAUACAUGUUUGUUAAAUAUAGGGAUAAGUAAACAUAAUAUUAAAAGUCCAGGAAAGUAACAUUACUCCUGUGAGUGCGUUUGAUAGGUCAUACUUAUACUGUAGUUUUCUCUGCAUUUAUAUCUAAACCAAUAGAACAUAUCCCUGCCUCUUUAGCCACAUCUUUCCAUUUUUACAAAAUGUCUUCCUGAGUUGCCUCGACUUCAUUGUUCAUAUACAGCUUAGCCAAUUAGAGCUCAGUAUAGUUUGAUUAAUGUGACAUUCCACUACCUAAAUUUCAAAAUAAAAUAAAAAUCACAGUUUAGUAGAUAAAACCCAAAUGAAAACAUGCAUGCAUUUAAUCAUGCAUUUUAUUAGUUGGGUAGUUGUGGUGUAUCUAAAACAGCUUACAAGAACUUCGCAAGACCUCCCCUUUCUUCUUUCUGUGGCUGUCCAAUCACAGACUUCCCAAUGCAGCUCAAUGUCAAGUCUUCGCAAGACAGAUGCUCUGGGCAAUUGUGUUUUGCUCCAAUGAGCUAACCAAACCAGGAAGUAAUAGGAGCAGUUGUUUGAUUCACAGCUAGGGGGUGUAACAACGUUAAUUUAAAAGUUGGGCAGUUUCCACUAAAAUAUGCACUUUUUGUAAAAUUAAAAAAGAGGACACAGUCUUCACACAUCUAGGGGUCCAGAGUGUGCCUUUAACUGAGACAUUGUAUGUGUAGCAGUGAAACUGUGUGUGUUCAUAUAACAGUAAAAUGGUUUGUGCGUGUAAGCAUUUGUAAGAAUGUGUAUUUGUAGUGCAUAAUCAUCAUUGAGAUUGUGUGUAUGUCUCAAAUAGAAAAUGGAUGUGUCAGUGAGCUCCAUUUGCAGCCCCAAUGUACACUCAUUUUGGAGUGCUACUCCAUGUUUGUGUGUAGAUGGAUCAGGGGGUGAUUGUGUGUCUUUGAGUGAGUGUGCAUGUCAGUGUGUACACUUAUCAUAUUUUUUAUUUAUUUUUUACUUUAAAAGGAUGACACCAUUUAAUAAGCUAAUAGUUCUAAUUAACUUAUGUGAUUUCUGAAUAUUAUGCAUAAAUAUCAGUAUGUACACAUAUGGCACUCUACCUUAAAUGAAUAAUGCCUAGUUACAAACUGUACCUGUAUGUACCCAAAAUCACAAAAGUUGGUGCACUCAUAAAAAGCAUAGUGAAUUUUAUUUCACAGAAGUGACAAUUGCAUAGUGAUCAAAAUUUCUGUCCCAUCUCAGCUCUUUAUGAGAUCAAAAUACACAUGAACCAACAGGAUAUUUAUAACAAGAAAAUAGGAGUAAUUACGCAACAAUUAUCACGGCCCCCUACGUAUUCUGCAAAACAGGCAUGUACCAAAACCAGAAAUUGCCCAGCGAAUUACAUAUGCGCAGAACAGUGAAAUUUUAUCAAGAGACUAAAUAACUCUUAUAAUUAAUAAAGAACAACAAAAAAAAAACCUUAAAGGUAAAAAUGUUAGAAAAUAAAAAUUUAAAAGUUUACAAAUACACAUACUCAUUUGAAAAUCCAUACAUUAUGAGGGUGCUGCAGGAACCAUUUAACUACAAACUAAUAUCAAAGUCAACUAAAUUUAAACAUUUCUUAAAUUACCUGGGAUUUAGUUACAGUAUAUAAUCAUACAUUGCAUAAGUCUACUGCAACCUCAAUGUACCCCAUAUUUGGCAGAUCUUACUAUCUUUUUGAAAAUAUUUAUUUAAGACUGCGCAGAAUGGUUACAAGUGAAAAGACACAUUUACACAAACUUAGAAAGCAGUCAGACAAAAGUUUAAAAUGUAAAAAGAGAGUGACAGUAAGCCCAUUAGUAAUUACACAUAGUAACAAGGUACUUAUAAUUAGACUUAGGAAAAGAAAAAAGAUAAAAGUGAUAAAAUCAUAAUCAUAAGACUAGGGAACCCACCCAGCACACAAACAAAAUACCACACCUCGUACACCACGAACACGAGUAGCAGAAAUAAAUAUAAGAGAACAACCUCAGGCACUAGGCAUAGACCCGAAUUUCACCACACUGGAAAGCCUCUACAUCUACAGCUUAAAUGAGAUGACCACCCAUGGGUCGAGACCACCUAACUCCCACACUGAUCACACCCGCACACAAAACAAACACCAGACCCAUAUACAACCGAAAGAGACGCAAACCUGACAGACACAACACAGGAAGAGUCAGACACGCUCCCAGAGGCGAAAACGACAAGACCCAUGACCAAGUAACAACCUUUACCUGAGACAUACAAAAACUGAACUACUCAACCUAGAAGACUGACAGGAGGUUUCGCAAUAAACCGUACUGAUACCAAUGAAAUGAAACGAAACUGCAAAGUAUUGCAUAUCACUGCUACCCUACCCCUAUCUUUAUUCUGUACCCUUUACCUUACCUAAACUUGAAAAAUAAAGAAUAAAAAAAAAAAAAAAAAGAUAAAAGUGGUGGUGGGGGCACGUUAAACCAAAAUUUCUACUUUCUAGGGCAAGUGAGGACCCAAAAAUCCCAGACAUAGGUGUGGGCUCACACAUUUUCCCCAUUAAUGUUUACCCAAGAAGGCAGAGACUGACUAUCAUGGUGCUGAAUCGCACAUCCAAUGAGCUCCUACAAAAUCAUGGAAUAAACUCCUAAAACCUGCUAUUUCAACUAAUACAUGGGGGCUGGAAGUAUUUGUCUCCUGCAUCAAAUAACCGACCUGCCCUCUUGCAGAAACAAGUACCUGGUCUACAAGGCACCUACACACCUCUUAGUCAAAACACAGCUUUUAGAGCUGCGGCUACGUGCCUGAGGCAACGAAGGCCGUAUAGGCGGGCGCUGAAGAGGGAGGUUAGUGGGUCAACACUGAGGCCUAGCUUUAAUGGACCUUGUGAGGAGCUAUCACAGCAGGACGAGUGGCGGUGGGGGACCCAACUGGUGACACUGGGCUGAUUGCCUAAAUCAACAGUAAUAAGCCUGAAGUACAGCACCAACCUGGAGGGCAGUGUCCUGCCCUCGACUUGCAUAGGCUCAUUGGCACACUGAGUGCUUGGCAGUAGUUCACUGCAUCACCUUCCUGAUUACUUGGGGCAGCCCAACUAACUCAUGCAACUUAUUUAUGUCUUUUCUUACCUACAUUUUUCUAGAUCCCCCACUAUAAGCUUCUGUUGAGGUUAUACAUGUCCUAGCUGUUAGCUAAACGACCUCCUGAUAACUCGGGAAUGGGGUGGUACAAUCUGUUGCUUCUUAGUUAAUACUAUUAACCCUAAUAUACUACACUAUAAAAUAGUGCUGUUAUUUCGAAAUGCCACCCAUUUAUACUUCUAUGUAUGUUGAUGUGCUUGCUUUGACUGUUGGGGUAUUACAGACUUGCUUGUUCUUCUCUUUAUGCACUACAAAAAAAAAAAUAAUUAGCAAAAAAGUAAGUUUGCCCAAGGGCCAUAAAUCUUAUGGCGCAAAGUAUUAUUUACUAGUGCAGCUAAAUAAUCCAUUCAUUAACUAUCUUUAAUUUGGGAGAUUACCUCCAGGAGAUAAUUCAGGAGGUGGCAGGUCUUAUUCUAACAACCUAAUACCCGUUCUCACAAGAUUAACCCACUUACUUGGGAAAUUCAUUCUCCUGGAGCUCUUUUUAGUGCAAGUUUAAAUAGGGCGCUGGAAUGAGGCACCUGUGUGAGGGAAGGGUGCAAAGGCAUGGGAGUUGGCCUGGACGCCUUUAUAAUAUUUAUGUAAAUGAAACAGGAAAGCUGCACUUAUGUAAGCAUGAAAACAUUAUAAGUGUACUACUGGGAUUACUUGAUGCAUAUUAGAUAGAUGCAUAUGUUGUGAAAGUGUUUAUUCUUAAUGAUCAAUUUGUCCAUGAGAGGUGCAGUCCACCAGUGGCCAAAAUGUAGGACUCUAGGCGACCAAGCCAUUACUGGAAGCUGUAGUGGUUUAGUUGCUUAGAACAUUCCACUAAUGUUUAAAUUAAAUUAAAAAAACAAAAACAAACAUAAACAUCAACUCAACAAAAUGUUUAGUGAAUACAACCAAAUGCUUAAUUCAAGAACACAACGAAUGUUUAAAAUGAAAUAAACUUCUGAAUACUUUAAGUUUAAUCUUAUUUAACGUAAUUGUUACGUACUACACACCGCCCGUGAAGUCAUGUUAAAUAUAUAUAUAUAUUUACAAAUAUAAACAUUUAAUAUCUUGCCCCUUUUAGAUUCUCACUUUAUAUUAAGAUAGCAUUGAAAAGUGAAGAGGACGGUCUAUUCAUGCUGCUUGUGUAUGUUGUCAGGGAAAACCAAUUAAGGUUUCCUUAUGAGGUUUUUCUGUAGAACACCAAAUGUCACAAAAGGCUAUAGUUCCAGAGCUUCCAAUUAGAACAAAUCCCAUUAAAAACAUAUUCACUGUAUCUAAUUUAGUUAUAGAUUGCCAACUGUUUGGUUGGGACACAAUGAAUUGUAAUAAAGGGCAUAGUGGGAGAUGCAGGAGACAGCAGUCAUCUAUUUAUUUAAACAUUUUGAAACAAAUGGCACUUGUACGUGGAAUGGUUAAGUAGUUUGUAAAUGAGGCGAUGCCUUUGAUGAAUUUUAUUGCCCAUUGUGGAACAUGUUGCUAGUUGUACCAAAUGAAAAAUGUCCUCUGUUUGUAGGCAAAUAAAUGACUCUGCAUUAUAUUAGGAAAGUGCCUGAAAAACUCUGCCACAAUUUCAUUUUGAACUACAACUCCCAUUACUUGCAACAGUCUAAAGGUCAAGUGUUUAGCCUGAAAACAGCAGGGAUUAUUUGCCAGCUGGGAUGUUAUUUGGUGAAAUUCAUGGUGCACAAAGUGCACUCUGAAUGUAACAGUUGUUGAUAAAAUCUUCCCACAUGUUCACAUUGGCUACAAUGUCAAUGGGGGACUGCAGAACAAUUUAAGGUUACAAGAAAAUUAACAAAUACAUUAUAGGGUCAACUGAUUUCAAAAUCAUGGAUAUUUAUAUUGGGCUUCUACUUCCUUAUCUGCUGUUAUAGACGUCACUUUUCUGGGAAGGCUUUUCUUAAAAAUUAUGGGGCACUGCUGCAUUUAUCCACAAUAGCACUGAUGAAGUCAAGUAUUGAUUUAAAGGAACACUAUAGGGUCAGGAACACAAACGUAUUCCUGACCCUAUGGUGUUAAAACCACCAUCUAGCCCUCCUCCCCCCUCACCCUCUUACUUUUAUUUAAGUUUUCAACUGCUGGCUCUGUCUUUGAUCUGCUUGCUUUGCUGACAUCAUCAGAAGUGAGUUUCUGAGCCAAUCACAAUGCUUUUACAUUGGAUUGGCUGAGACUGUCAAGAAGGCAGAUCAAGGGCAGUACCAGCACAAGCCAAGCACAGCUCUGGUCAAUCAGCAUCUUCUCAUAGACAUGCAUUGAAUCAAUACAUUUCUAUGAGGAAAGUACAGUGUCUCCAUACAGAGGGUGGAGACACUGAAUGUCAGUGCUGCAUAGUGUGCAGCACUGCCACAGGAAGCACCUCUUGCAGUCAUAUGAUAAGUGGCCAGUGGAGUUAUCACUAGGCUGUAAUGUAAACACUGCAUUUUCUUUGAAAAGACAGUGUUUACUGCAAAAAGCCUGAAGGGAAUGAUUCUACUCAGAAGAACAAAUACAAUAAGCUGUAGUUGUUCUGGUGACUAUAGUGUCCCUUUAAGGUUGGCCAACUGGUGGAUUGCAGUACUUUGGCUGAACAGGCUACCAGAUUAUGAUGGGUAGGCGUCAGGGGCGUUUUAGCCGCGAGGCUAACAAGGCAUUUGCCUUGGGCGGCAUUUUUCAGGGGGCGCCCGCCCCCCAAAUGCCCAGGGCAAAUGCCUUGUUAGCCUCGCGGCUAACUGACAUGCCGGGCUGGGCUGGGCGGGCGGCUGGCGAGGGAGCUCUUCCUGUGAGCGGUCUUCUCAGCUCCCUCACGCGCCGCAGAGUUAGGCUGGGAGCCGGAAGAUGACGUCAUCAACCCGGCUCCCAGCCUCACUCUGCUGCGCACGAGGGAGCUGAGCAGACCGAUCAGGGGAAGAGCUCCCUCGCCAGCCGCCCGCCCAGCCUAGCCCGGCAGCCACUGGACCACCAGGGAGAAAGGGAACCCCCCCCUCCAGCACUCCCAAAGGUAAAGAGGUUGGGGGGGUGGGGUAAAUAAAAAUACAAUAAAAAAAUGUGUUAAUGUGAGUGAGUUAGUGUGUGUCUGUUAAUGUGUGUGUGUUUUGUUAGUGUGUGUGUGCGUGUUUUGUUAGUGUGUGUGUGUGUGUCUGACUGUGUGAGUGUGUGUGUCUGCUAGUGAGUGAGUGUGUGUCUGUUAGUGUGUGUGUGUUAGUGUGUAUGUGUGUGUGUCUGACUGUGUGUCAGUGAGUGUGUGUUUGCCUGUGAGUGUGUGUGUAUGUGUGUGUGUUGUUAGUGUGUGUGUGUGUGUGUGUGUGUUAGUGUGUGUGUGUGUCUGUUAGUGUGUGUGUGUGUGUGUCUGUUAGUGUGAGUGUGUUUGCGAGAGUGUGUGUCAGUGAGUGUGUGUCUGUUAGUGUGUGUGUGUGUCUGUUGUGUGUGUGUGUGUGUGUGUCUGUUAGUGUGUGUGUGUCUGUUAGUGUGAGUGUGUUUGCCUGUGAGUGUGUGUGUGUCAGUGAGUGUGUCUGUUAAUGUGUGUGUGUUUGUUAGUGUGUGUGUGAGUUUGUGUGUGUGUCUGCUAGUGAGUGAGUGUGUGUCUGUUAGUGUGUGUGUUUGACUGCUUUUAGUGUGUGUAUGUGUGUGUCUGACUGUGUGUGUGUGUGUCUGUUAGUGUGAGUGUGUCUGUUAGUGUGUGUGUGUGUUUCUGUUAGCGAGUGUAUGCAUAUCUGUCAGUGAAUGUGUGUGUGUGUAUUUAGAAGGCGGGGGGGGGGUUGGGGGGGGGGGGGGCACCUGAGUUUUGUCCUGCCUAGGGCAGCACAAAACCAGGAUACACCACUGGUAGGCGUGAUGUCCCUGCAGGGUAAGACAAGACUGAACUCAUGACAUUUAUAAAACACUCUGGUUAUAGUUGGUGGCAAAUAAGGCUUUAGAAUCUGAGUCUGUGGGGGAAAUUUAUCUGUGUCUCAGACACUUUUGCUUCUAAUUUUGAACCAAUUUUGGUGCUUUUUAGUAAAUCUGUCACAAUUUGUUGAUCUGUUGCUUUUUAAACACACAUACAUACUGUAACUUUUGUAACUGUCAUUUUGUAAUUUUACCGGUGUUAGUGGGGCGCGGUUAUGGGUGGAGCUGUUCAGAUAAAUUUUAGGUGACUUACUAACAAUUUAUAGAACUAAAAUGUAAUUUGAAUUACAUUCCACAAUGUAUAGUGUUCCUUUAAUGUAUGACAUAAGACAGAAUGCAAGCUCUGAACUGAAAUAAACAUACCUUUUUAAAUGCAGCAAAAGCUUUGUAAUUAUCAUAAAUAAAGCAAACCUUCCCAAUCUGGACAAAUCAUUCAUAUUGAUAUUUUCUUUAAAGGGAACGAUACCAGCAGUGUUAGUUUAGGAUUAAUUAGAUAGUACUAUUUAAUUUGCUACCCAUCCACUAGGGACUUAAAUAACUUGGAACCUGACACUUCCUGAAAAACAGGUGCAUGAAAAAACGAAUAAAAAUUAAAUAGGAAAAAGGCAGUGGCGUAGUAUGGAAGUGGGCACAUAGGUAGAUGCUCUAGGCGCAAACUGCAAAAUUUCAAAAGAAAAAAAAAGUAUAAAAAGAAAAAUGGCACCCUCUCCCCUCACAUAGAAAAUCUCCUAUUGCUCGAACAUUCUAGUUUUUCAGCAUGAUGGGGCAAAUAAACAUUACCGCAUAACAUUCUACACUAUUUUUCUUGCUACUUACAGCCUCACAAUUAAUUAAUUAUUACAAUUACAUACUGUCCUCAUGUAAUCGUUAUCGGUGAAUUACAUAAUGCCUAUUAGUAGCAUGACAAUAAAAGAAAAUAAGAAAAGAGUCCAGUUCGGUUGUUCACUCAACCAAGGCAUUUAAGUCUUUCAAUAUAGGAUAAUCUACACCAAAAAUAAAAAAGUGGAAAUAUACCAAUAAUAAAUGAUAACUUUAUUAAAUUAGUUUAAAACGGCUAUAAUAGCCACCAUAACAGGCCACUGCAAAAGUAUAUAAAAAAAACAAAGUUAUAUUUAGCAUGUGCUUAUUCCUAUGUGUAAUACCGCAUUUUAGUCACUAGGAGUCCUAGUCAUCUCUGAGCUGCAGCAAAUAAGCAAAUGGUCUGCCCAAAAUAUAAUGUACUAGAGAGAUACCCACACGUUACCAGUAGGGAGUAUUGAUCAUGUUAAAUAGUAACUGAGACGGGUAUAAGACAACUGUGUAACCAAAAUAAGUCAAAAACACAGGAAAACUGCAGCAAACAACUAAAUGUGCUGCAGUGUAUUAUAUAUGUUGCCCAAAACCAAGUACACGUAUAUAAUACCCACAAAUCAUCACAUGGAGUUAAUGCUCAAAUCUGAUGGUCUCUGAAAGGGGUAAAGAAUAUAGAACACUGAAUUGACCUACAUAAGGAAAGGGCUAAAAAGUAAUGUCCCAGAAGAGCAGUUUCCUGCACUAGCCCUGGCAAACAGAUUUAAACAAGCUAACAGUAUCCCUACUCUGGGUCAUUGGACAGACGUAUAAUACGCAUAAGGGAUAGAAAAAAAAGAAUGAAAUUAACAUGCUCUUGACGCACGUUUCAUCCGCUACGCAUGGUUUAUCAGGAGAACCAGUAUCAAACAUGCCUGUUAAAUGAUGUCGUCUAGGUAGCCUCAUUCCUCCUUCUCUACCCGCCUCGUCUUCGUGAUGUUGUGUGGAACUCAUAGUUGCAUUGCAGAAAUUACAGAAAUUACAGAAAAGCCAUAAUGUAUUUUUUUUAAAAAACAUUUUUUUAAAACAGAGCAUCAGGUUAGCUAAUAGGUUAGGCCAAUUAAUCUCCCAUAAAUUAAGAGCUGCCUGUAUGAAGAUUACCUUUCAAGACCCAUGUUAGCAAUUGAAGAGUCAAACAGGAUUGUGGAGAGAUGCAAAAGUAGCAGCAUUGGGAGAGAUGAAGUUUCAGAAAAUGAAGUCACAGUAGGAAGAAUAUGAUUCAAUACUUAGUCCUGUUGCUCAGUGGGGUGGCUCACAAGCAGGAAUUGGAUGAGCAGAAACCACCAUUAACAUUGCAUUUGAGCAACAUAAUACUGAAGGUGCUUAUCUUAUCUACAUAACAUUUUUCUAACUGUUUUUAUAGAUUUAUGUGGACUCUUAUCGCAUAUCUAAUUAUGUGCUAACAUAGUCAUUUCCCUGGUUGCCAUUUCAUGUGAGAUAUUAGGGUUAUCUGUUAUAUGCAGCCUGCUCGGCCCCAGUUGUCUUUUUUUGAUACAUUUUUUGCAGGUUUUUUUUUUCUCUUUCUUUUUAUGGAUAGAGUUUUAACCUUUUUCGACUGGAUUAUAAAUAUGAUGGUUUAAAGACAUAUUUUUGGACGUACUGUAUUUUUCAAAAUGUAAAUUGUGGACGGUUAAAGGGGCAGUCAGUCAUUUAAUAAGAAAAGAAAAAAUGUAUAAAAAGCAGACAAAUUAUUUUACUAACCAGGUAUUUUAGUUAUUUGCACUAUUAACUGAGAAACAUAUUUAAGGUACACAUGUGACAUCACCAAUAUAGUAAAUGAAGAAGGUGUCAAAUGACAAGCAAGUAUAUAUGUGAAUUUCUGACUCCAUGAGCAAUUCUUCACAAAGGUGUACAGCCUAAAUGUGUAUAAACAUUUUCUUCCCAGUCCCCUCUAUGGACACUUUGCCAUGCAUUUUGGUUAGCUUAUUAUGUGUUAGAAGAAAAAAAGUAUAGACUAUCCCAGUAUACACCUAGUUAUCGCCAAAGCAGAAAUGUUAAUUUUGCACCUAAUUUUUAAAGUAGUUUUUAAUAUAAAUGGGAAUGCCAGGCAAGAGCGGGACUUGACGUAGGACCAUACUUUGCUCAGCUAGUCUGAUAAACUCUCAGACCUAGGCUCCUCUGAGCCUGUGGGGGUGGCAUCUGGUGUGGGUAAAUCAUCAAGCAGUGUGCUAUGGUGCAUGCUAAACCACAUAAACAUGAUAUACAAAUAAUGCAGGUACAUAUGAACAUUUAGAUCACCCAGGCCUGUUUGCUAAGGUUUCAUAAAAUCGAGACAAGGUCUGAUAUCACCAGAAGGAUGCCCAAUGUUCUCCACCACCUCCAAUACACACAAGGUCAAAACCUCUUUUUGACCGCAGGCGCAGAGAACGCAUUUGAUCGGCUAAAUUGAGAUUUGCUGACUCAGAUUCUCCUAUUAUAUGGUUUUCCCAAAUAUUUCUUUAUGGAACUUAUGGCCCUAUACCUAAUACCAUCCGAUUAAGAGGGCUAUUGUCUAGUGUAAAAUAUGUAAAAUAUGAUUAAGACAACCUCGUCACUGUUUAGUACAGAUUCGUUCAAUUUCUUUGGGCAGAGGGCUGGCACUAGGAGGGAGAUAUUCACAUAUUAUGAACGCCUUUUAACGUGCACUUGCAAUACAUAAAAUUCUAAAAGCAAAGUGUUUAAUCGAAAUACACUGGAAAAGUCAGAUAGUUCUCAAACAACAUUGGCUAUACUGUACUCUAAACUUCAGACAAACUGUAGAUAUGAAACAAUGUCAGCCCUUACACUGAGUCAGAGAAAGAAUAUUUGGGUUUUUCUGAUGAUUAGAUUUAGGUAUAAUUUGAGUUUAUAACACUGUAGUUGAUCUUAGUGGCUGUACCCACACAUCUAUUGCCCUUUGAGAUAUAACAUGCAUCUUUUUUCUGUACUGAAAGACCUUAGUAAAAUAUGAUUUUUUAAAAAGGUAGAGUUAAGUAUUUAGAUGCGUAUUUUCUCUUGAUGCAUGCCCUAAUACAAUGUACUGCAUACCACUAAGUCACAAUAUACACCUACAACACUGCAAUCUAUUAAUGAGGCAAGGAGUACCACCUUCAUUCAAAGAGACAGAACAAAAAACUACAUAAUAAAUGUGAUAUAGUACCAAGAAAUUAAGGAGAGGAAUUAUCAUUUCUUUUCAAUGCAUCCACAAAAAAACAACUAAUUAGACUUGCUUGUUUAUUUCAUUUUUUUUAAUAUACAUUAUAUGCUGCCCAAUAAAAGAUUAGUGGCCUUUGUCAUUCCAGCUCCUAUGCAGAGCAGUGAUCAUUCUACAAAGUCGGUUUAUGAAGGGUAGGAAUGGGAAGAGUUCAUUUGUACUGCCACGGAUUGUCUUAUCUUGCUGCUGUAGACUGCAAUUCCAACAACUCCUAGCCAGGCUCAGGCUAGACCUACAGAGACCAAAAUACAACAUACCUGAGAACAAACAUUAUAAAUGUACUUUUACAUUACACUUUGUAUAAUAGUUUUGUUAAUUUUAUUUGAAAGUACUGUGUUUAAAUAAUGGUGUCUACAUACAACCAAGUAGUUAUAUAAAGAUAGUUCAUUCAUUGACUUGGUCCUGUGAUUCCACCGCUAGAUCAAUUUCAUUCUCUUGCAGCUACCUUCUGAUCUGCUUAGCUUGUUAAUUACUCCUGAAGUGGAUUAUUCACAGUCAGCUGACAAAUGUAUGGCCAAGGUAGCCCAGUAAACUCUACUGCAACAUAACUGCAACAUAACUCACAAAACUCACAGUUUAGUGAAUACGUUCCAAAGUGUUAAAAGGGACCUUGUUGCCAAUGAGAAGUAGUAGUUUAACUGUGACUUGAGGUUGUAAAUAAUGAUUACUAGUAAAAUUACAUAUACCCUUGAUGUUCUGGCACUGUCAGAACUUUCCUUAUUUGAGAUCAAAAUUUCUCUAUUCUAGAUUUUUUAUUUUUGUUUGGUGUUCUGAAAAGAAAUGUAUGGUACUAUAUGGAAACAAAUGGCUAGAAUGAAGAACAAAUAAUUUGUGUAUGACAUCCAAUUGGCAAUGUCAUAAAUCAAGGGCCUUACAAUUUGUCCAGUUGUUCUGGACUGGUGUUCUAGACCGAUACAAUGUGUUCUGGAACUAGACAAUGCUUUUCUAAACUUUUCCGUUUAUAAAUGUUGAAAAUUACAUUCAAAAUCUGAUCAAAACAAUAAAAUAACUCAGUGUGUAUCAAUCACCUGGGACUAUGUAUUAGAAUACAAGGUUUAAAUGCAUUUUUAUAAUUUGCUUACACUGCAAAUCUUCAUCAUUAGAACCCAUUAAUCAGAAUACGUCUAGAACGUGCAUCCGUCAGAAAUGAUAGAAAGAUAAAAUACUUUUUAAUGGCAUUGAUGGAAAUGAUUUAAAAAAAAAAGUAUGUAUAAUAAUUUUUCUUUUAUGUGCCUCCAUUGUAACCAACUAUUCAAGAAGUCCUUUUAGAUUCUUAUCAUGGAAUGUUAAAAAAGUUACAUUAUGCACUUUACCCGUACAUGAUGGAAUCAUUCGCUACCCUCCAAUUGGCAGUAAUUUUACUGCACACAAUUAACGUAUAAACUAGGCAGCCACAUCACGCACUGUUUUACAUUCUGUACAUAGUAAAUGGACACAUUCGUAAAGCCAUUGCAUUUCUUUCAUAUGUCUCUCAGGACGUGUUACUUGCAAUUCAAAUUAUUUACUCCAUCUAAAAUUGAUAACCCCACACCCUUUAACAAUAACACACAUGUGUUGGGAAUACAAGGAAUGGAUCCCAAGAGAUCGCACAUAAUCUCAGUGAUUUUUGUGUCUUACUAAUGAUCCCUUAAAUCCACCAUUCUCGUUUAAUAUUGGCUAGCCGUUACCAUUAAAAUGAUUGACAGGCUUAUACUGUUGAGACGUAACACAUUAUCCACAAGCUUUUUGCUAAAUGAAGAAAUUGUGAAACUGUUGUGUAUAUAUAGGCUUGUCACAGGGCAGUUUAGCUCCUGCAAAUAUAUAUAGCAAUGCAGUGGAAACUAAUUAGCUGUGAUGAUGUGCAGAUGGUAAAUUUGACUAUCAAGCAUGCAUUGAUACAAUCUACAAUACAAUUCUCUCUCUCUCUCUCUCUUUUUUUUUUAUUUAUGCAGGAAGGACCAAGUUCUCUUUCGGUUUACGCCCUACGGUUGGGCCCCGGAGAAGAAAUAGUCACAUCAUUGUUUAAAUUUGUGGAGGAGAAAAAACUAAAAGCUCCGUUUGUUAUCACUUGUGUCGGCAGUGUCACCAAAGCAACACUUAGGCUGGCUAAUUCCGAUGCUCUGAAUACCAAUGAGGUACCUGACAGGUCCGCUGAUGAACUGACUCAGUUUAAGUCAUGCAUAGAUACAGAAAGAUGGCGUUGGAGUGUUUCAAGAGAAGUGUACUGUUCCUAAUUAUGUAAUUAUAAGUCUUAGGUGCCAAACUACAAGCUGUUCCUAAAAUCUGUUCUUUCUGUCUGUCAUUGUGAAUGUGGAGAAUGAAAAAUAUUCCCCCUAAAGGUAUCCUGUCAUCUUUAAUUUGAUAUAAUCUUUAAUUAAACACAUUGGCAAUGCUGAAAUGGUGAAAUAUGUACGAUCUUUCUUAAGUCACAUCGGAAAUAUCCCUCCUUGGGCUGUCUCAAUUACCAGGCAUAUAAAACCAAAGAUGUGUUUGCUUCCCUAGCUCAGCAUGUUAAGUAAGAACAAGACGAACGAAAGACAGUCGUUAUAUUUAUAUACAAUAGUGCGUGCUAUUUCUUUUGUGUCAAAGAAAGCAUCUCUAAGAUAAAGGGGAAUGAAAUUGUCAUUAAAGUAAAAAUGUAAAUGGGAUGCUCAGUCUGGGAGUUUAUUUAUAUAUGUGUUUGGAUUUACCGAGUGAGUUGAGUGAUCAUCUAUUAUGGUUUUUGUUUAUUGUGACUGAGUUGCAUUAUCAACGUAUUUCCACCAUUGUUAGAGGGACAAAAAAAUCCCUAAGAUUAUGAUCUUUUUAUGCCAGACGCAACAUUAGUUUAAUAACAUAAUAGUAAAUAUUCCUUUCGCACUGUGAAAUAGAAAUGCUUAUGCAAAAUGUAUGACAUGAAAGGAAUUGAGCUAUAAAAGAACAUUAGAUUAAGUCAUUUAUACAAUAUUUUAAGGUGAUGGAAGUCUUUUUUUGACUUUACUUUUAUAUCCAAUAAAAUACAUAAUAAAAAGCAAUGAAUUGGCACGAACUUUAGAAUAACUGAUUUUAUCUGAACUCCUGCGACUUUAUUCGACCUCUGCCUCUACUAUGUAGAAAAUAAAAUAGCAAGCUUCCUCAGUUAGACUUAAGUGCCCAAAAAUCCCCUGUCCGCACUCCUUUAUAUUUGAAGUUGGAUACAGAUUUUCAGAAAUGACUGAUGUUCCCCAUAUCACUGUUUUGGUUAAUGGUACCUGCCACCAGUUUAAUUAAAUUUAGGAUCCUACUUUCAGAGCUCUUUCACACCCUUAUAGUGGGGUUUUGGUUUUGAAUAUGGUGUUCAUUGCUGUCUAACUUGUACUUUUGACUAAAGCCUUUAAUGAUCUGUUUAUCUGUCUGUCUUUCUGAUCUAUAUAAAAAAAAAAACCAAGAAAUAAUUUUCUAUGUGCUAAAAUAUUACGGUAUUUAAAAAGUGAAAUUGCGGUAUGGAGUUCUAAAACUAGAAUGACUAUCAUUCCAUGAUCGCUUACAUUUUAGAACUUACAAUUCUUUCUUCAAAAUACGAUUUGACUAUUGUUUAUCCAAAAAAACUCAGAAAUAAGCCCUAAUAGAUAUAUUUCAACGGAAACCAUAACUUUUUUGAAUGUAUUUUCAGAUCAGUAGUCUGUAGUGAUUUGGGUGGAUAAUUCUAUUUGUAGAUUUAGUUACAAAGGGGUGUAGGUAAAAACACAGUUAUGGCACAGAUGAUAUUGUAACUAUUGAACUUUUUUAUUUUAUUUUUUUAUUUUAUGGGAUCAGUUAUAAACUUAGACUUUACAACUAGAAUUCGGUUAUAGGAACAUAACAUGCUGGCUCAAAUAGGUCAGGACUAAAUUUAAAACCAUACAUAGGGCCAGAAUUCUACAACAUAUAAAAUAAAAUGCAUUUCCUUUAGUAAAAUAUAUCCUAGUUUUACCUUGAAAACCAUUCCCAAGUAAACCUUUGUAAAAUGUCAGUUUAUAUAAAUAAGUGCAAUGAUCUCUGACAUAAAAAUUGAUCACAGAUAAAACCACCUUGGUUUAUUGAGUCUAUACCGUAAAAAAACAUCAAACUAAUCAAUAGGGCAACAAGUAAAAGGUCUUACUAAAACAGAGGACCAUAGUCUUAAGAUCUUAGAAAGAAUAAUCAUUUGUUGUUGCUCCUAUCCUCCUUUUUUUAAUGUCUGGAAUUUCUUCCAAAUAUUUUUAUCGGUUGGUAGGCUAUUGAAUUUGUCUAGCAUUCUUCCAUCGACCACUGUUUAGAUUUUAUGAAAUUUCAUGUUCACAUGGUACAUUUAUGUGUAUACAUUAUAGGUAUUAUUCAACAUAUAAUGGACAAAUUAAAUUGAAGAGCAUUUAUGACUUGGACUUUUCAAAUUUCAUAUUCCUGACAGAUAAUUUACCUAAACGAGAGAUUAGAAGUCGUUUCCUUGGUUGGAACAUUGAACGAACAUGCUCACCUACACAUAUCUCUGGCAGAUAAAGAUGGAAAAACCAUUGGUGGACAUGCUCUCGGUGACCUAGAAGUCUUUACCACCGCUGAAAUUGUUAUUGGAGAAGCCAGCACCUUGCAAUUCACGCGGGAGAUGGAUAACCACACAGGCUUCCCAGAACUUGUCAUUAGGCCGCGAUCGGAGGAUGCUAUCAGUACCUAGAUUCUAAAUUAUAGGCCUUGUUUUUUUUUUUUUUGCCCGGGCAAGUGAAUGAGAUAAAUUUGCUUCAAAGCAUGUCUUUGGGUUGCUCUUUGCAUUUUUGUAUUGCUUCCAAUCAUUUGUUCACACAAAACAUAAUCAGUCAUAUAUGAAACAGACCGAGAGAAAUCAUUUUGCUGAAAUCCUUAAAUUUCAUGGUAAUAAUUUGGGCUUUUUAUCAACAUUUGUUUAGAUUAUUUUCUUUGCGAGCUUCAGCUGAGCUGUUCUGCAGGGAUUUAACGAGACUGAUUGGCCCACAGAGGGUAGAGGAUAGUGACAGAAGCUCUGAGGGCUAAUGGAUGUACUGUUUGCUCAUCUUUAUACAGUUACUAUAAGCCACUAAUUGGGAAGGACAGCUCAAACAAGCACAGAGAAGCUGUUGUCAGAUGCGCGUGACAUGGGUCUAAAGAAGCAGUUACGAUAGCUGUGCAGCCUGGCCCUACAGAACAACGCUCCACAUAACCUACUCUCACUUAUUAUGAGUUUAGCUGCUUCAAGUAAUAUGGGGACGCAAGUUAUUUCAACGCAUGAUAAUUUAUCAAACCUCUGUCUGCGAGCUGCACAAAGUCAGUCGCUGUAAUUUUUCUCAGAUGUUAUAUGCUGUAGAGAGAAAUUAAACAAGCUCUGUUGCAACUAAUAAAUCUAUGUUUAGUGAGAACACAGCUCUCAUAACGGAAAUGUUGAUAGUUUAAUAAUGCAAGGGAUUUAUUCACUAAACUAGUAAUUGUGGAGAAACGAAAAGGUCCAAGAUAAUAAUUGGCUUAUUUUCUGGGAUUUUUUUCUCUCCAAUUUGUAAUAGAGAUGUCCUGCUAUGUACAUUUUAAAAUAUUUUACAUUCUACAAACAUUUUUUUAUUCAAUCUAUGUAAAACCACCAACUAUAGUCAUACUAUUAUUACUGCUUGAACACAUUGUACCAUAAAUAAAGUAAUUUAAAUUCAUAUAAAUGCAGGCACUAAGCACAAUGUUGUAACAUUUGUUGACCUAUAUCUCCCAUUGUCUAUAUAUCGAUACCUGAUGAAUUUUUAAACAGAAUUAUUAAAAUAAAAUGAUGUGAUAAAAUUGUGAUAUAGCUGUGUGCUUCCUAUAAAAAAAUAAAAAUAAACCUUCAACACAGUGAACAUUUGCCUAGAAAUAUAUAUAUAUAUAUAUAGAUAUGCUAUGCGUGUGUACGUAUAUAUAUAUAUAUAUAUAUAUAUAUAUAUAUAAUUAAAUAUUGCAGAGAUCACGUAUAAGGAAUUAGAAUUCAUUUUCAGCCGUAAUGGUUAAUUUGUAUACGUUCGAUUGAAGCAAAGUGUCUCUAGAAUGGAAUAAUGGCAGAAGUCGUUGCCUUACCACAGUGAGAACGACAUCAUAAAGCAGCAUUUUUACUGUAGUGCGAAGUUGCGGAGAGAUGCAUUCCGUACUGGCUGCUAUGGAACUGAAUGUCAGGAAACUCAUUUUAGUGACAAACGAUCAUACUUAAUAUAUCUGGAAAAAAAGACAGCCAGUUCAUAGAGUUCAUUCCUCUUUACACAGCAAUGCAGUCUUAUGUUAAUCUCCUAGAAGGUAAGACAUGUCACACAAACGCCAAUUGGUAAUGGAGCUAUAAAAUAGGGCAGCUAAACUCUCAGGGACAGUAACUCCCUGUGCCUGAAUUAAUUAAACGCUUCUCUCAUUUUUUUACCCUUGCUAUUUGUAGCAGGACUUUAGCUGUGAAGAGAGGGAUUGGCCCUUUAGUGAGGCAUGACAAUUGUACAAUAAAAAAAUAUUUAGAAAUGCAGCUUUUGACCCUCAGCUAAUAGAAUGCUGUAUCUGGGAAGUAUUACAAUGCGUACAGAUCAAUUACCAAUAGGUUAUGUUAGGACCUUUCAACUAUGACCUGCUGUGAAAUGUGUUUGAAAUCAAUAUUUUGCAGGGUUUUUUUUAGAUUUUAUUUUGAAACAAACUGUUUGUUAACUAUUUUUGUAUUUGCCUAUUUAUUGACUUUAUUAAGGUAGCAGACUGAAAUUGACCAUUUUAUGUGGAUUUUGCAUCAAAAAUAAGCCAAAAGAAAUAUAAAUAUCUUACUUGGCAGUUACCCCCGUACAGGCCUUAUUUAUUAAUAAUGUUUUCUUUGUCAGAAAAACAAGAGAUUUAAAAAAAUAAGGUAUAAAUGUUAUACCAAACAAGUGGAGCGCUCUGAACAGUAGAGGGGUUUACUCACCCCUUUUAAUGCAGUGACAGUCUUGAGAAACUUGAAUAAACAUAUAAAAGGGAACAAGAAAACAAGAAAUAUAGUGCAGACGGUUUCCCAAAUAGACAAUUGAUGGUAAUAAAUGACUUAAACCACUCACAUGGACAGGAGCCUAUACAAUAUUGGCUCCGUAAAAAGAUCCUUUAUGCUCUUUGGGCAGCAAACACCCCUUUGUCCCAGGCA